AUGCGCAGCAUUGAAAGAGCAAAAGCAAAGAGGUCCGUCACUAAAGUAAAAUUUUUCCCUUGAUGAGUUCUUUCCGUUACAAUAUUUCAUUUUAAUUUUUUUUUUAUAUAUAUAUAUAUUUAUACAACUAUAAGGAAUUGAAUAAAAAAUGUGUUAUCAAAAUAGAUAAUAAUCUCAAAAUUUUUUCUAACAUACAAACGGUAUAGGUCGGUGUACUAGGAGGUUGGAAUUUCAAAUCUUCUAAAAUCGACAUCAGUUCUAUUUAUAAAUAAAUAUAUUUUAACCAAGUUAUUCACUACUAUGUAAGGAUCUGUAAAGGUGAUAUUUAAAAUCUGCUAUUCUCUGUGAAAACAUGAAAUCUGAUUACAAAAAUAGCCGGAGUGGAAGUUGAAAGUUGAAACGAACAAAAGGAAUAUCCUUGAUACGCAUGCGCCCUGCAUAUUCGAAAUUCCAUCUACUGGUUUUAUUUGACGGAUCCUUAAGGGUGCUGUGGGCGAGGUUCAUUAAAUUGAAAUUUGACGAAAAUUGUAUCACUCCACUCCGCCUACAUAAAAAUAAACUAUCGAUUCUCAAGUUUGAGCUGUUUCGGUCCAGAGGCAGGCGCUAUAAAAGUACCCGGAAUGCACCGGGAAAAAGAUAAAGUAUAAUAUAAAGACACGACACAGUGGCAAUAGUCUCUAUUUCCGGGGGUAAUUUCGACAAAACGGGCCUAUAAAGGAAAAGGGGUGAAAAAAAAAAUGAAUCCGAGUUACUAAACCGAGUUUAAUAAUACACUAUAUUGUUCCGUACGUAUCGUUUGAACUUUGUGCGGACAGCAUAAGGGAAAAAAAGGCUUGAUACCACGCGAUAAAUUUGCGACAUUUAUUUGCGCGCAUAUGACGAUAUUCCGCGAUAAAACUAUCAUAUUUACGUACGAAACGUUUUCACGCGCGAUUUCGUUUUAAUUUCGUGCGGCUUUUGUCGUCGUCGUCGACGACGACGGUUGACGUUGACAGAUUUGCGGAUUUUUACGGCUUUCGCGACACAAAAUACGAAAUCGCGAUUGACAGCCCCAUAAAUCCCCGGGCCCCCGUACCGGAGUAAAUAAUAAUUCAAUGGCCGAUAUCCCAUUGUCUUACACUGUACGCGCGCUGUGCCUCUAUACGUUUCGCGAGUAAUCCGCCGUGAAACGUCGCGAUAGCCGACGACCCGGCCACCACGCGGCCGAACACGCGAGACGGCGACAAUAAUUAUUGCAACAGCGCUCCCCGGGGAAAAGUCGGACAUUGAGUGUACAGAGCGACGGGGUACCCGGUAUAAUACGUGUUACGUUAUAUUAUUUACACACACACACACAUAUGGGUGUAUAGCGUAUACGCUCUAUAAGCUCACGGACACAAUGGACCCAUUAAACGGGAUUAAACAUAUCCGUGUCGUUUUGCUUUUUAUUAUUUUUCCUCGCGCUCGCUUAUCGGCAGAGUAACACAACAAGUUUACAAGUUUCUGACGCACGCACAGCCGAACAAUAAAACGACGAGACAAACGAUACAAUAAUACGACCGUUAACAGAUAAUACAACGAAACGCGUCGUUCCGUCGGCCGCCGUCCGACGCCAUUCCGUGCCGUAUUAUUGUUACUGUACGGUCCGUGUGGCCCGCCGUUGUCCGUGACGGGUCAUUGAGGGCUGGUGAACGACAGUGCUGCGGCGGUCCCGGCGAGACGCUCGGCUUUAUGGCGACGAUUUUUUUUUUUUUUCGCACACACGAAAUUCGAUGAAGUUUGACCGAAGUCGGAACAAUGACGCGUAGGCUUACGAAAACGGGCCGCCACGAUCGCUACGAAAGUCGACCGCCAACCCUGCACCGGAUUAAGCCCGAUCAUAGUCCCGGGCACGUAUUUGUUAAUAUUCCCAUAUUUUCCACUGUUGAGCCGUCCAACAAUCGCGUGCCUCUAUCGUAACCAACACUUUGGCUGUACAAUUACGAGCGAUUCAAAAUGUAAAAUUUAAAACUGUUAUGUUGUUCAACCCAUCUUAAUACGCUCGAUUUCGCAAUGCUAUUAUGUACUACGAGACAUAAAAUAGCCCCUGGCAUUGCCUAGCCCUAGAUGCGUGCCUACCUCGCCUAUCCGUCAAUCCGGGCCCGACUGCUGCUACCAUAUUAUACUACAUCGAACGUGUAUAUUCAAAUUAUAUGAGUAAUAUUAGUCCGAAAAUAAACUUUUCCGAAUAGAACUGUUACGAACGUAUACAACUCCGAAGUAACCUAAGUAACCUAAGGUAGUUUAACCUAAAAACCACUACAAAAGGCAAUAACUCCGAAUCGAUCUAUCGAUAGUGACGUAACCGUGCUAUGGUGACACGGUGACACCUUCAGAUCAUAAUAAUAUACUAUUCCUGUUAUCACAUUAAUCGUUUUUGAAAAAUACCAAGACUAAUUUUUUUGUACCUGUCUUUGCCUAUCUUUUUAUUACAGACUAUAUUGUCACUAUACUACGGACAUAUGAUUCAAUUUUAACCCCCCUCCCCCUCUAUAAAUAUUUGUUUUGAGCAAAAUUUACAUAACACAUACUGAACUCUGUACCUGUCUAUCACAUAAUAGAUACAUUGCUAUAUAUGUGAUAACUGUUUUAGUUUAUUUUUAUACACUUGGCCAAUCAGAUAGAUCAAAUUAGACUUUUGAAAACUAACACAUUCUGAAAUUUCAAUAAAUUUCACGUGGUUAUAUUAGGUUAAACACUCCGACUUGGAGUAACUCUGAUGUAGUUUAAUACGUCACCAUCCAACAGUUGGAGUUUUGAUGAAAAUACGAUAAAAACAUUUAGGUUUUGAACAAAUAUAGAUAAAAAUUAUUUAUCGAUAUGCAGAUGAAAAAACGCAAGGUAUUUUAUGAUGAAUUCAAAUUGAAAAUUCAUCUGUUCGAAUUUCGAUAAAAACUGUUUCGGAGUAAUUGUUUAGCAGAUUAAUGUAACAUCGUACUUAUUUACGUAGAAAACCCAGAAAACUGGGUGCAAAUGAUGCAAAUGAUUAUUAUUAUAUUUAAUCGUAAACAACAAAAUUGUGUGACGGUUUUCUUUUUUUCGAAAUGUCUUCAUCUUUAAUUCGUAUAUAAACCGCGAUUUCAACCUAAACGUCGGAAUUUACGUUCUGAGUACAAGCGAAAAAACGUUAUAGAUAGACAGACGGACAUACGGAACCUUUUAAUCACAAAAGAUUCGUACGACAUUAUUAUAUAAUUAUUGUCCAUGUCGAUAACCACGCAAUUUGUGUGUGUGUUUUUUUUAUUAUUAUUAUUAUUAUUAUUAAAGUGAAAGUCUAUUUAAAAAAAAAAAAUAAUAAUAAUAAUAAUAAUAUUUUGUUAUUUUGUUUUUCCAGUUGGUAACGAACGGCGUCCUGCUGCUGGCGUCCAAUUGUUUGGGAUUAUUGUCGUAUUUCUUGGCGGACAAGCAACAGCGCACCGCCUUUUUGGAAACUCGACAAUGUCUCGAGAUGAAAAUGGUCAUAGAAGAACAAUCGACCGAACAGGUAAGUCGCACAUUAUUAUUAUUAUUAUUAAUACAUUAUGUUCUAUAAAUCUGAAGCCAGAAACGAAUGUGUAUAUAUGUUAUAAGCCGCAUCCCAUCAUAUAGAGUACGGAUUUUAUUGCACGCGAGCCAUGAUAACUAUAUGACCGUAUAUAUAUAUUGUUGUGACGAGGCCAAUGUCUUUGCCCGUAUUAAUAAAAUUUAAUUUAAUAUACUAGCGACAAUAUCGUACGGCGGCGACCGCCGAAUUUUGACAAAAAGCCAACGGACGAUAUUUCAGCGCCCUAUUCACGCCGUGUUCGUGCGAAACUCAAAACCGCACGACCCCAACACCCAGUGUCGUUUAAAAGACAACGAUAGUUUACCAUUACGCGUUCUGGGUAAUAUUCGAGAUUCUGAGUAGUUGGGAUUGCUUUUUAUGAUUAUUUUCAAACACUUUUUUCGACGAAGCAAAUAUUCUGACUUGUUUACGUGCGGUGUUUCAAAAAAUAUGUGAAAUUUCUGCCCGGCGGUACAUUUUUAUUUGUCCGCCCAUUAGCCUUUAUUAUUACCUUAUUUUAUUACAUUUUCAAUCAGAAAUUAUGCUUUGAUUUUCAAGUAUAACAUAUUUUCUGAAAGAAAAUUGUAUUUAAACGGUGGUCAAUUUUUUAUUUCCCUUGUAAUUUUCUUAAUAACUAAGGAAAAUCGGGAAAAGUCGCAGGAAAACAGCAACAACCGUUUCGUUAUUUUCGAUUUUAUUUUUUUUGUCAUAAUUAUUAUUGUAGUGACUAUGUGUUUUUUUUUUUUUUUUUUUACAAAUGUCACAUUAAUAAUUCGCUCCGUGUAAUUAUAUCACAUUAUACUGUACAGGUACUUAAAUCCGUGAGCUAAUUCCGCGUGACAUUUAUCUGGACGUUGUAAUAAAAUAUUAUAGGACGCGGAAAAUUGCAUUCGAGGUCGUCGUAUUUUUUUUUAUAGUAGGUGCGUACUCGAUUUUAGUUUAUUUUUGAAAAACGCUGCUAUCAGCUAUCGUCUUGUUUCCAAUCGAACGAUCGGUUCAAGACGAACGCCUUAAAUGGAUUUUAAUAAAACACGCCCAUAAUAACCAUCCAGAUAUAGGUAUACACUAAAUGCAAGUGAUGUUAAUUUGACCAAUAAUAAAAACAUAUAACAAAAAGCCGAAUGGUAUACCACUGCAGAUGUAGUAGGUAGGAUGUUUGACAGGUAUAUAGGAUAGUUUAAUUUGUAUACCGAAAGUGAUGAUAAACCAUUGAAAUCAAAAAACUAUUCUCAUAACGUAAUAGCAUCAGUCGUGAUUUUUUCCCGCGUACGCCAAGGUAACCAAGGUAUCUACGAAAAUAAAACCGAUGCGUAGACGAUUGUUGUCAGUCUUUUAAAUUUUAUUUUAAAGCUUUUGAGAAUCUAGAAAUUAUUUUUAAAUAAAAUUUCACAUGCCGAGAAAUUCUCAUAUUUUUAUGUACGAUAUGAAUAUUUUGAAACAUUUUCACUUAAUAAAAACUCGGCAUUUUCUGAGAAAAAAUCACCACAAGAACCCAUAAAGGACUGAAUUGUUGAAUGUUACAAUAAAACAUUUCAAGUAUAAUACCACAACCCGAAAAUUCCGCAUCUUUUAAAACACUGAAUGAAAAAAUUGUAUCAUUUUAUCCAUUCACGAAAUGAGUUCUAAGAAUAAUAACAUAAAGCUCGAGUUAUUGGAAAAACUAUCGGUAGUUUCGAAAAACAUUUCGAAUAAAGUACCAUCUGCAGGCGAAAAUUUCCUUUAAAGUGUGAAAGAGCCAAAACAUUUUUUCCGGGGUCCUGGAAAACCGCAUCUUACUAAAGUAAAAUUAAUAGGUUAUUCGGUACACUCGGGGUGCAAAAAUGAAAACGAAAAUGAAAAAAUAAAAUGUCGGUUUUAAUAAUCAUAAUGACCCGGCUAACGUAUUUUUUUUUCAUUUUUUUUUUUUUUUCUUCGGAACGUCUGGAUAAUAUUAAUGCGUGCGACCUACGCUUUUCUCUAUUAUUAACUUUGCCGGCACACGCGUCGAAACUUAAAAGAGCGUAUUAAAUUCGGGGUUGCCAAAAGAAAAUAUAGAGAUAUUAUUGGUACGCGAACCGGACCGAGUACCGUUCGUGCGGCUUAAAAUCGUCAUAUUACUAUUGUACGAUGGCGGUAAAUAUAUAUAUGUAUUUAUGUCUAGCGAGGAAACAUUGUUUUAGUAUAUUUAUUCUGCGGCGAAUGGUAUAAAAAAUAUAGCGUUAAACAAACAAACAAAAAUGAUACUCCCGACGGAAUAGACCAGUAUUGGUUAGUAUGACAUUUUUUUUUUUUUUAAUUUGCAACGGUCGUUAAAAUAAAUAUCGCCUACCUAAAUAUAGUAUCGUUUCGGUGUCUAUGUGCGUGUAUAAAUAUUAUAUUGUCCGUUGAAUACGAUAUUUAGUACUUGCCUAAACUACACACAGAUAAAGUUUGUUUUUAAUUGCGUACCGUGGCGAGGAUACCGCGUAAAAAAAAAAUAUUACUAAUCGUAACAACAAUAACAAAAACCUAUAAAGUUACGCCGUAAAAUUGGUAUAUUAUUUAAAAAAAAAAAAAAAACCAGUAGGUCGCGGCGGUGGUUUUUUGUUUUUUUUGUUUUAUGAGCACGAGUCACCGGUUAGCGAUAUUGUACGGGUUGUUGCCUACCGCGGCUGUUUUAGGCGUUAAACAAAAUGCACCAGUUACCCUCGAAUUAAACAUACAAACGACUAAUACAAUAGUGCUUCGUGUUAAGCACAAAAAAAUAGGCGUAAAACAAUAUAAAAACUUAAAAACCGUUUAGCAUUUUAUUAGAUUAGAAAUAUUGUAAAUGCCGACACAUAUAACGACAGUAAAUAUCGUACUAGGACAAGUCACCGUCGCCGUUGCAACGCAAGACCAUUUUUGCAAUAAAAAAAAAAAUAAAUAAGAUUGCCAUCCGACAUUGCGGGCUUUUUACUUCAAACCUCCGGUCCCGGUCCGGGCGUCACACGUACUAUUAUUAUAUUAUGCUCAGUUGUAAACCACGGGAUGAGUCCACCGAGAAAAAAUAAACAAAUAUCUCGACCUAAAUAAAAAAAAAAAUCGUGAUCGAUUAUGAAAAUCGUAAAAUAUUACGAUUUUCAUAAAAUAAUAUUUUAUCAUUUUUUUCUUUCGAAGAAUCUGACAAAAUAUCCCGUUGCAUUAGUUCGAAUUGUUAUUAUUAUAAUAUAUAUUUUAUCGCAGUGUAGGAUGCACGUCACAUCGUUUACACGCGUCAUAAUAUUAAACGGCAUUUUUACCAUUGUUAUGGAUACCUACCCCUGUAUUCUACACACGACAGUGAGAUUCACUCGAACUUUUUUCGCCCGCGUUUUUAUAUACUUAUAAAUAACCUGUUAUGUUAAAUACAACAAAAGUUGUAAUACCUAUUCGGGUUCGGGAUUUUUUCUUCUUCUUGCUCUAAGUAGUUUGGAGAGGCAGUUUUGUAGGUACAAAUUUACAAAAAAAAAAAUGUAUUUUUAAGGGUAACUGGUACACGUCCCGUCAUAUGCUGGGCGUAUCGAACAUUUUCGUUUUGGUUUUCAAUCUUCAAUAUUUCGGAUAUAUCUCACGGUUACACGUCGAUAAUAAACUAUUAUUGCACGUCACUGAACAAUAACUUGUUACAAGAUUCUGCCCUAAAAUGAGACGGGUCGCAUCGUUGGGUCCCGUUAUAUUUUAAACUUCCCGAUAAAAUGCCCGUCCAAAUUAAAAUGUCACGCCAUAAUCACUGGUCCGGAACCCGAUCCGGAACGACCAUCCGACACCGAAAAAAAAACGUGACCUGUCGUUUUAGGGUAGGAUUUCGCAGCGAAUCGCGCGGUAUAGGUUAUUUUUAGUUUUUGAUGUUAUUUUUUUCACGCUUCUACGUACGGGUUAGGUAAACAAAAUUGGGUAUUACAUCGCUACACAUUGUUAUCUAAAUAAAUAUUUUAAAUAUGAAAUACUUAUGCAUUAGCAAAUUAAAUAUGAGCGAAUUUGAGCAGGAGCGUGCUGGGAGGGGUAAUCGACAAUUUUUUCAAUUAAAACAUUUAUAACCACUGAAAUUUGCAUUUUUCAAUACUGCAGAUUAUAUUACAUAAAAUUUAUAUUAUAUUACAUUUUUAACAAUGGGUAUAAGAUGGGUAGAAUCCCGUAACCCCCGUAAAUUUUAAAUUCUCCAUCCUCCCUCAAAACUGGGAUAUAACCGUCAUUGAUUUAUUAUAAAGAAAUACCUUGUAUAGAUAUAAUACGUAAUACUUUUUUUUCCGAAGUCUACUUGGUUUUAAUUUUUGUACAUCGAACAUUGUUUUGUAUUAUAAUAUUUGUCAUACCAAAAUAACAUUAUUUAAUCAUGCACCCGGAGAUUUCUGAUUUUUUUUUUUGUAUUUCUUUUUAUAUACCUGUAGAUAAAAUUCUACAAGAUCCGCAAAAGUACAAUUUAAUUUUAAACACUUUCCGUUCUUUUGUGGUAGGUAAAAAAUAUGGAAAUGUAACAGUUGAUUAACCUCUCAGAAAAAAAUAAAUCUCCAGACAAAAAAAAAAAAUGUUAAUUAUACGGACAUACUUCGCACGGUAGCACGAUAGGUGGGUCACUGUUGUAGGUAAGAAGUUGGGAAGGUAGGGUAAAGAGGGCAAUUUAAUUUACAUCUGUACACAACGUUAAACAAUGGUUGUGUUUACCGUUAGUAAUGACUAACGAUUCGGAGCGAAGUUCCUUUUAUACGUAUACGUACAUUUUUCCGUUUUCCCUGCGUUUUUUUUUUUUUCAAUUUAUUACAAUUAUUAUGAAAACCGCUUGAAAACAAAAAAAUCAACUUUUUUAAAGUACUGAGAAGAUAAAAUUUAAUUUCAAGACAAGUUCCUGCACUUAGUACAUCGGGGCAAGAUUUUAGGUAGAAAAUCUGCUCACAGGAAAAAAAAACAUCGUUAUAAAACCAAUAAAUUCUUCGUUACGCUUCGAAUCUAAAAGAUACAGUGCGUUAAUGUAAAAUACAACAUUAUAUUAUUGUUAUAACAUUAAUUCCGUAAAUUCAAAUGCCGAGUACUCGUCAGUUAUAUAUACACGUAAAAUACUCGUUAAUAGGUCAUUGUUUUGAGGAUGCUUUCAAAAUGGGUGUGUGUGUGUGUAUUGUCAUUUAGAAUUAAAAAUGUGUGAUUAAUCGCACGCUAUUCCAUAUCUCCUAUUCGUUGUUAUUAUUAUUUUUAUUAUUAUUAUUAUUAUUAUUAUUAUUAUUAUUAAUCACCGAAACGUGUGUACUGGCAAACAGGUCAAUGUAAUUAAAACGAAUCUAUCGAAUUUACGAUUUUUUUUAAAAGAACAAUAAAUUGCGAUAGUUCGAAACGUAAAAAACAUACCAAAUUCUGUAUAAACAUUAAAAAAAAAAAAAAAAACAAUAAUGCUAAAAUGUUACCGAAUCAAAUGAGUAUCAAUUUAAUGGAAGUGAAUACUUCUAAUGAACUACUCGUAUACUUUUUGUAAAUUUUAAUAGAAAAAUGAACAUAUAAAAAAAAAAAAAAAAAAAAAAAAAAAAAAUAGAAUGCAAGCGGUUAUUAUAGCAUUAUGGAAUUAUGUAAUAUAGAGUCAAGUAUUAGCGGCUAGAAUACAAGCAUGUAAUAAGUGUUAUUAUAAUAUGGUCUAGCAAAAAUAUCGAGAUCACAAUAAUUAUUAUCAAGAGAAUAUUGAAAGAUCAUAAUAAUAAGUUGCUUUUAUUCCAUCAAAUAAUCCUGUACGGAGCGAAUACAUGGCCACCGAGAAAAUUAGACCAGACAAUACGUCCUUAAUACUAAAAAGAAAAAUCUUGCAGAAAAUGUUUGACGCAACCAAGGAUGAAAAUAAUGAUGGAGUAUAUAAAAUAAGGAAGUGUACAUUCUAUUCAAUUAUAAGACGUAUUUGGUCUCGGGGUAGAAGGACUUAAGCAAUUGUUGGCUUUUUUUUUAUAUAUAUAAUAAAUAUAUAUGAUUUUAUGUUACGUAAUUUUGUUCUUUUAUUGGCUAUGGUCUAAAUGACGUAAGUGUGUAGGUAUAUAUAUUCUUACUUCUAACACAUGUUUUGCUGAAAAAUGAAAUGUCUUAUGUCACCACGAUGUACUUUUUGUUUGGCGAAAAAGUCAUGUUUAUAAUACAUCAAUUUAACGAUAUUAUGCCAUUUAACAUCGACUUAAGCCUUUAUUUUCUCCGACCGGAAAUAUAUGUAUAGUAGAUGUAAUGUUGGGGUGAAGAGUCAAUGGGUGGGGUGGUUUGUAGGAAUCAGAAUGAGUUGUAAUUCUGAAUGCGUCGGUCGGGAAAAAUCCGUGUGGAAAACGACCGCGAGAAAGAUCAAGAACGAGAAAUGGAAAGAUUGUAAGUACUGAAAACGGACGCGAAAUUAAACGGUUUGAACUGAGAAUAAAAAAUUAACGGAUGGAAAAAGAUGGAGGAUUAGGGUGUGGAAUGUGAUGGUCCAAUGAGGCUAAGCAACUACAGGAGGAUUAGAAUAACGUAUUAUAAUAAAUUGUGUUCGUUAUUCGAAUACGACGGUUCGUCGCAUAACUUCCAAAAUUAUUUCCAUAAAAAACAAUAUUUACUGCAACACUACUACAGAACUACCUAUGGGGCUGCAACAGCGCUCCGGCUUUAUAUUUCAAUCAUAUCCGUUUUUAUUACCAGACCGCAGACUUUCGCGACGUACCGAUUUCUUUUACUGUAUGACAACAAAUUUGGAUUUGAAUAUAUAUAUAAUUUUGUCCGCUCGGUUCGACAUAUCGAAUUUCGAUUUAUUUUCAUAUCACUACCUAAAUAAAGUAACUAAUAAAAUAUCGAUUUCCAAGUUAAGUUCCUAUUUUAUUGUUCACUUAUAAUAUCAAAGAAAAUAAAAACACCAGCGAGUAACAGAGCUCCGUAAGUCGAAUUUUCCCUCACCAAGUUGGUACUGUAAAAAUAUUUUUUUAUAAAUAGCCAAUUAUUUUAAUAGUAUAAUUCAUUAUUGCAGUACGUUAUAUACUGCAUACCAUGCUAAAACUAUUAUUCCUGGAUAUUUCCAAAAGAAAAAAAAAAAAAAAAGGGGGGGCGAAAUUUGAGCAUAAGGGGCAAGAGUUGAAAACUUUCAAUUAUUCUUAAAAAAACAUUUUAAAGUAUUAUUUGAGUAUUAUUAUUGUACCACAGUAUUUGAUUAAAGUAACAUUUUUCUGUUUGUUUUUGCUAUUAGGUCUAAUACAUCAUGUGGAAAAGUGGACAUUUCCCAAUGAAUUUAUAACAAAGCGCGCCCAGUCAAACGUUAAUUUCCAGUCUUGUUGCGUGGUGAAAAUUAAAUUAGUUUUAAUGUUGAAAACGAAUGUCUAACUUCUAUUUUCUACAUUGUUUAUGUGACCAACAUUUCUAAAGGAAAGUUUAUAUUAGAGUAAAAUUCGGUAUCACAUUUAUCUAAAAUAUUCAUUAUUUCCAACGAUUUAUUCCUUUAUUAUUUCAUUGUUCACACCACAGAAAAUAUUCAAAUAUCACAAUUUUUUCAGAAACUGGUUGUUCAUAAAAUAUUUUUUGAUUUAUUACAUUUUUAAGCAUACUUAAGCGAUAAACUUUCAAUUGACUAUACAGAACAAUAUUAUUUUGCUCGAAUCUGGUUUCUAGAUUUACUAUAAGGUUAUCCAACAACGGCAAAAAUAUGGACACCCUAUAAUAUUUCCUUCGUUGAGUCACAAACAGUUUUUCCUGUAGUGGAUUCGUUUUUUAGCUGUAUAACAUGUAAUGGCCGAGAAAAAAUAAAAUUUUUCAAGUUUAUUCGGCCCUUGAAAAAUAAGCUAAACGAUUAUUUUUAGGUUUGUUUCUCAUAGUAUAUUUUAGUUGAGUUAUGAUAUUUCUCGCGCACUUUACGUCUUUACUGCAAAUGAAAUGUCACGAGAUUGAUUCUGAAGACAUUGUGUGCAGCCCCAAAUGUAUAUACUGCAGCCGCACUCAGACACUAUGAGACCGUAAUCAUGGUUUGGCUAAAAGUGAACAAAAGUAGCGAGAGAAAGAUACGCAAAUAAAAUAUAUAACGCGCACGAUAAUACACUGUAAUAGUCUCGUAUAUCCGUGGAAAAUUCGACAACAGACAUACACAGAGUAUGUAUGUAUUUUUCUUUGCGGGUAUCUCGGCGGAAAUCGUAAAUCAAUUCGAGCUUGCAUGCGUUUUUCGUUCAGUCGCGGGCAAUCUACCGUGCAGAUGAUCCACCCGUUAGUUGUGUACCGAACCCGAAACGCCGUGUAACGAAUUUCAUAUGCCAACUGAAAUCGCGGAAAACCCCGCAUUGAUAAAAAAAUUCAUAAAAAAAAAAAAAAAAAAAAAAAAUCGUCGGGGAGUAUUUUGUACGGUGGUUUUUCUUCUGGCCAUUAUAUUACUAUGUGUGUAUAUAUUAUUAUGUAUAUUUUUUUUUUUUUGCUCCUCUGUACGGAAUCCUAUUAUUUUUUGUUACAAUGACGUUUUAAAAGAACACGUUCUCGGAAUAUUGUACGGUAAUAUUAUAUAAUUUGGUUUUUGUUUUUUAUUUUAUUAUUGAAAUUUAAAUAUCAUAAACAAAAUUCGAAGAAACCAUGUGAAAGGAAGGGCUAUAUUUAAAAACGAAAAAAAAAACAAACCCGUAUACGGCCCCGCUAUGAAUAUUAUUCAGUUCCAAAAUCAGAUUAUUCGUGUUUUGUAACUGUUAUUGAAUAUAUUAUAAUUGUAAUGUACUUUAUGCAGAAUAUUUUUUUUCUGCGUCAAAUUGAAUUUAAAUUUAUUUUUCGGUUUUUAGGGCACGUUAUUAUUAUUGUUUAAAUUGUCUCUACGAAGGCGUACUAUUAUUGUUAUUAUUGUUUUUUUUUUCCUAAUUUAAAUCGUUCCGUUUAUUAGUUUUUUAUCGGUUCGACGGUCUAAAUCUCGAAUUUUAUUGGAAAAAAAAAAAAUAAUAAAUACGACAUAAUUUAUCAACGUUAUUUAUUAUGUCGUUACGCGUUAUUGCAUUAUAUGUAGGUAAAAAAAAAAAAAAAAAUAUACCGAUAAAACAUAAUUAUUGCGUAAAGCCCAGGACGAACUUGUCGUAUUGUUCCGUACCGAGAAAUGUUAUAAUUAAACGACAAUCGUGCCGCAACGAAAUAUUAUCCCGAUCGCAAUCGAAGCGUAAGCGAUUCGUCGAUCAAAAAGAAUCCCACGUAAGCCGGACGCGGUUCGUAGUUCGCGCAGGGAAGGCCGCGCCAGGAAUAUUGUGCGCGUCGGACGGUUCGGGGCGAGCUUAACUUCCUCCGGAUAUGAUACAUACGUACAUGACGGUUCACCGUAAUAUUGAAUACGAGCACACAAUAUUAUGUAAUAACAAUUUUUUUUUUUUAUCCCGCAAGCAAGUAUAUUUAUUGAAAACGAAACAAUGAAUUGUAUCGAUGGUGUUUGUUUAAAGGGCGUGUGUACCAGUAGGAAUUGAAAAAUACGUUUACGGUAUCGGAAAAAAAAAAAGCAGAAAAAUUAGGAGCGUACGCCGGUAGAAUAGCGUAUUUAAAUACAGGCAAUUAAAUCGGCAAUGUCGAAUGAAAUAUAUCCAAGCGCCCUUACGAAAUAUAAUUAAAUCAACACCGAUUUGUCAAAAGUCCGUAUACCGCAUUCAAUGCGCAUGUAUACGCAUGUGUAGGUUCAACGUGUUAUGUGUACGAGUGGUUUUAUUGUUUUCCAUGAUAAAUAUCAUUAAACACUGUUUUGCUGUUUCUUUGCGAAAUAGUCAUUUUGCUUUCUGAAAAAAAAAAAAUGUUUUAGUGGUAUGUUCCCUUUAAAAAAAUACCAUCGAUAUCUAUAUACGUAUAUAUAUAGUCACGAUUUAUUAUAUUCUAUUGAACAAGCAAUAUGUUUCUAUUUUUAUGUGCUACAGAUCUUUGGAUAAGUUGUUUUUUUUUUUUUUUCUGAAAGCUUUGCGAUGUCCGAUAAGUUUUUGACGGGACCGUAUUUUUUUUGUUUCUGAGGCAUGUUUGUAUCCACAGUCGUAUAUGCUUGAGAACGUCCUUAUUUCGAUACCAGCACCAGAUGGUGGUGUACAGUUAUUGUCAUUGUACAUAUAUAAACAAUUCGAAAAAAGCCAGACUGUAUAUUAUGUGUUCAAUAAUUGAAAAAAGUUCAAUAUACGAGUAGUUUUAAUUUUGGUUUUCAAAUAUGUUUUAUGAAACUAAAAAUACCGGAAAAUAAUUGUAUACAUGGAUAGGUAUUAUACCAAAUGUAUCGCUUUAUAUGCAUAAAUUAAUAAAUUGUUGAGGUUAUUUUUUUUUUUCGAGUGUGCCAAAGAUUUUAUAUUACUUUUUGAAAUUUAAUGUGUAAAAAAAAAAAAAAAAAACACGACCUAAAAUACAAUUAUUUAUAUGAUGAACCUCUUUUAUUUUCUAAUUGAAAUGUUUUUUGGUGGUUCUCUCCGAUAAUUAAUAAAACUAUAAAGAAAAUCAAAAACUAUCCUCCUACAUCAACUAUACGCACAAUAUUAUGUCGGAAAAGACGUUACACUUGAAGAUCGGAGGAAGAUUACCAGUAGACAAGUUGUUCACAGACACAAAAUGAAAAAACACACACACACACAUCAUAGUGAAACCAAUAAAAUCCUUGCUGCGCUCAGAAUCUAAAAAUAAAAAAAGGAAGGAAAAAGGAAAAAAAAAAGGAUAAAUCCCGGGCAUGAAACAACGCGUAGGAGAUUCGAUGAUCCGAGAGACGAUUGCCCGCCCAACCAAUAUAACGCGUAAUACCGACUUUUUAAAUAUGUAUGCACGUAAACUUCCCGUACUCGAGCGUUUAUUUGAAGAUUUUUUUUUUUUUCUAAAGUAUCCUCUGGUAUGGACACGUUGUAUAAAUUGUUAUAAAUAUUUUAAAUCGCGGUGGUUUUCGAAAAAGAAAAAAAAAAUAAUAAAACGCAAUGUUCCGAGCGAGGUUUAUUUCAUCGUUUAUAUGCGGAAUAACGUUUCGGUUGCUUUGUUAAAAAAAAAAAAAAACAACCGUGUUACGUCUCGAUUAAUUAAUGAGAGUGAACUUUCGUUUCCCAUACAUAUAUAUACACAGACAAUAGACGCAUCCCAUUUGCGGAAACUCCGGAAGCGCAUUCCGCCCAGUGGAACAAUAUUAUUUUACGCGUAAAUAAAAUCUAAAAAAAAUACACCGUUACCUACAAAAUACAUUUAGACAUGUAUUUAGACAGUAUAAAAUCGCAGACUUUCGGUGUUCGUUAUAGCGAAAACUAUUACUUUCGCUCGCCAUCCAUUGUAUUUAAUACAAAAAUAAUCACGUAGUAUCAAGUUAUUUGAAAAAAAAAUAUGUACGGAUACUCGUUCAUACAGAAUUAUUCGUACUUAUAUUGUUUCGCAAACUUUUUCAAAGACUGAUUUAUCGUACGAACGGAGGAAAUUAUUACUGCCGAAUAUUUUGAAAUAAAAACAAAAAAACACCAGUAAUCCCCAGCGCAGUUCGACGGUCGCUAUUAUACAAAAUGUAUCCUUUGCGAAACAAUAAAUAACCGAAGACUGUGGUAAUACCUAUUUUAUAGUAUAUAAUACAACACUAUAAUAAUAAUUAUACUACUUGCGAAAAAAAAAAAAAAAUGGUGAAAUUUAAUCAUAAAAAUGAAAAGCCGAAUACCCUAAACCGCAUAUCCUUGGUAGUAAUACUAUGCAAAUACGAAAUUAAAUCCCCUUGGCUUCGUUUGACAGGUCUGUAAGUGUGUUCAAUACCAAAAAAAAAAAAAAAUAAAAAAAUAACGUUUUCCAGCAACAAUAUAGUAAAUUUUAUAUUGAAAAUUAACCAAAAUUUUAACAUUUCAAUUCACCUAUAAAACAAUUCUAAUUUUCGAGUUGAAGUUCAACGAAAUUAACUAACCCAAUACGAGUAGUAUGUUUUCUAUAGUAAAAUAUUUUCUAGUUAGUGCAUCGAAAUGUCGUUUUCUUAAUAAAAUGUAAUAAAUAGGAAAAAUAUGGAAAAUUAAACGUAGAAACUCGACAUUUUGACAUAAAACUUAUAAUAUUAGUUUUUUAUAGACGUAGGAAAACCUGGUUUAAAUACAUUAUUGCGAUUUUUGAGUUAUUAAUAAGCUUUUCACAUUUUCGAGUUUUUUUAGUUUUCAUUUAGAAUUUAUUGUGUGAAUAAAACUGCUAACCGAACAAAAAUGUUUGAACAUUUUAUAUAAGGUUCGCCAUAACUGGUUGUAUUAAAUGGUAAACUGAAUGUUAGUUUAGGUUUUUUCAAUACAUAUGUUUUAAAUGAUCACAUUUUGACGAAAAUCUUAAAUUACGGUAUUUCAAAACAUUUAUAAACGAAUUUUGCUCAGAAUUGUUUUCAUUAGCAACGGUUUAUCGUUACGUACAGAUAUAAAAACCUUAUGUAUCCUACUUUUCUGAUUUCCCGCCUAUAAAAGUGAUCAGUCCAUCUGGUAUCAGAUUUCUUUUUUUUUUUUUUUAAAUAAAAUAAAAUGUUUAUUAUACCGGAUGACGAUAUUAUUUAAGAAGGCUCUACCUAUUUAAAUUUAAAUCAAGCAUAAUAUUAUUAUUUCGCAUUUUAUCUAUAAUGCAAUUUGAAAAUACUGUUAAAAUAACCGGAUAUUUACGGACGACGAAAAAGGUCAACCUAAUAAAGAAUAAUGUACAUAUAUAUAUUAUGUUGGAAGUCGAAAAUCAUCUCUGCUUCGGAUUUUUUUGAAGGAGUUUAGACUUAAAUAUUUACCGUAUAGAGUAAAUAUAGAAAAACAUUUUGUAACGAUCUGCUGCUAAAAAAAAAAAAAUGCAAAUACGGAUUGAGUUAACAAACCGUUCUCGGUUAUUUAUUUAUGAUCUGUUAGAAAGCGCAAAAUAGAUAAAUUUAUAUCGAAUAAAAAAAAAAAUUACUUGACCCGUUUUAAUUUAUAAGUGAAUAUUCUAUCUUUAAAUUUACAUAUAAUUUAAUAUAAUUUAUAAAGGCAAUCCGAUCGAUGUUCAAGUAGUAUUUUUUUUUUACAACUUUAUUGCACGCAAUUCACAUUCUUUACUACAAUUACUAUUAUCAUUAAAACUAAGGACAACAUUGCAGUUGGAUUUCGAGAAAACGAGGGUUUGACAUGUUGAAAAUUCAACACUACGGUUUUCUAAAUAAUUCACGAUACUAUAGAUUCAAGUCCACAAGGGACUUGAAAAUCCUUUUAUAAAACUUGAUCAAACUAUUUGACAUUUCUCCGUGUAGUCUUUCGAUAGUUUUUGUAAAACCAUUUAUCAUCAUCAUAAACAUCAUAAAUAUGGUCUCAUAACUCUAUUAGCGUUUUAAUAACCACCGUCAGUGGCCUCAAAUUUUGUUUUUGGUCGUUUUAUUCCAGUCCUUUACUGCCAGCCUUUUUGCGUCUUGUAUUCCAUCUGGCCGGCGUUUCCUUGGUCUCCUUCUGAAUCAUUUUCUUUUCUGUCACCACAAUUAGCCAUAAUCUGUUUCCCCGGCUUUUUUUGCACGCCUAUCUAUUCGUUUUCGCGUGUUUUAACUAUAUCCAAAUUACUAUAUUGUAAACGAAAAUAUGAUACAAAACAUUAUAUAUACAGGGUGAUUCACUAAAUGCACUCAUCCUAUUUUUGUGGUUACAUUUUGCAUGUAUCAAAAUUCUGAUUUUUGGAAUUUUUAAUUGUUGUUGAAGCCCUUAUUUUCGACCACUUAGAUUUUUCACAACAUUCAAGGAGUAUAUUUGAGAAACUAAUAUUGGUAUCGCCACAGGAUAACAUCAUAAAUGUAGAAUUAUUUUACUCUCUUAUCAUUUUAAAGUAAAUGUAAGUGCCUAUUGAAAUAUUUAAUAGCACAAUAUUUACGAUCAAUAUACGAUUAAUAGUUCCAUGACAAUAUACAAAAUGGGCGAAGGAAAAAAUAAAGUUUAAAAACCACUAUGCUAUACGGUGUACAGUGCUUUAUAUAUAUAUAAUUCAAUAGUUUAUAGUUCGUAUAAUUGAUUUCUUUAUGGUUUAAAACGCGGUGAACUAGCUACAAAUCUAACCUAACCUAACCUAAUGUAUAGGGCACAGAUUUUUUUUCAUUUGCAACUUUUUCUACCUUUCCAAUUUAUUGCUAAGUACAUUUUAAAUACGUUUCAUGUAAGUACGAAUUCAAGUCUAGAAGUUUUAAAUGCAAUGUUUUGCAAUUUUGUUGAAUUUACUCAUUCCCACAACUAUUUUAGUCGACACUCGACAACCGUAUAGAUAAGAUUAUACUAUAAUAUUUCUAGCAAUAAAUUCUAAUAAUGAUAUCAUAUUUUUAUUUUAAUAAUUCCAAGUCGGUAUUCAAUACAAUACAAAACUAAUUUGUGAAAUGUGGCUGUUUGACUGUUAUAUUCUGUUAUUCAGUCACUCCGUGAAUUUUGAGUGAUCGUGGUCUGUUAUUGUUUUGUAAAUAUACCGAAAAUUAAACCAACCAUUUCCAUUUUGAUAAAAAAAUUGUUCGUUUUUAAUACAAUUUUUUAAUAUUUUUAAUGGAAUUUUCAGUAUUUUUUAGUGCAAUACUGCAAUCAAUUUCAAUAGUUUUAUACUACUACAAUAUCCGUGCUCUACUAAUGUACAAGUAUCAUUAUUUAGACCACCAUCUCCGGCCGCCUAAAGUUUCGGGGUAGCAGGUGCAGUAGCUACCCUGUGAACUCUCUGUAGCGCGAAUCGCCGCGAUAAUAUUAUCAUAAUGUACAAAACAAAAACCGCCUCGAAACGCAAAGUCGGUUAAUUUAUUCGGAAAUCAAAAGCUCGGAUAAAUUAUAAUAUAAUGUCUCGAGGACGGUUUUUUUUCCUGCCCAAGAAUAUUGACGUGACGUACAGCGUGUUCAUUAAAAUGCUUACAACUGUUUCCUGGGAAAUUGACGAACAAAUAAUAUUAACAUGUACGCACGUGCGCGCGAUGCAUGCGACCUCGGCUAACGUCGUAUUAGGGUUAUAGUUAUUUUAUAUGAUAUAUACUUACGCGAAACCAGAGCUUUGCCGUCCAAUAAUUUCAACCGACACCGCUAUACGUACACAUGAGACGUAGGUAAGUACGCGGCGUAAGGCACAGCCAAUUUUUCGUAUUUCCGAGAAUUAACGAAAAACCGUAAACAGGUAAGUACGAUGAAUGUGUAUUAUUAUACAGUAAACAUUCGAAACCCUAUAUGUUCGUAUAUUAUAUCAUCAUCCUGCUUUUGGUUAUUUAUCUUAAAGGCCCUGCGUGCGUUUAAUUUUACAAUAUACAGAGUUCAAAAACCAAAAUAUCAUUUAUUCGUACCGCGUAAUAGUCCUUUUGAAUGGCAGAACGUAUGGAAGCUAAUAUGCAUAUAAAGCCAGCUAAUUCACUCGAAAAUUGUGCAAUUUUGGUUUGAAAUUUGAUCCGUAACGCGGGUACUCUAUACGGGAUCUGGUUAUUAACACGUUUUAAACGUUCAGUUGUCUCAUUAAAUUAAAGACACGUUUAAAUAACAUUUACGCCCCGAGUGUACCAUUCGAUUCACAUAAAUAAUAAUACCGUUUACUUGUAGGCAUGCAAUUAAAAUGAACACAAUGGCGCUUGAAGGUGAAAACUCAGGGGGGACACCCUUAGUUUUCAUUAAUAAUCAAACACUUUUAUUAAUGUAUUUGGAGUACAUAGGAGUAUUUUCAAAAAUCGUUAAAGGUAUUAUAUUAUAAUAUAAAAUUAAAUGUUACACUAAUUGAACACGAAUUGCAAUUUUAUUUUAUUUUUCCCAAAUUCAUCAACAACUUUGUCUGCUAAAUUAAGUUUUUCGACUUUUUUAAUACGUAAACUUAACAUGCACAAUCCGGAUAAACGAUUCUCACAUAUAAGAUAACCACAAGUCAGCUGCUCACAAAAAAAAAUACAUAUACAAAAAUGAUCGGCAGUAUAGUGGUUGGUACCAACUUCAAAUCAUAAGACACAAAUCGUUGUAUAUUGUGAUAAUAAAUUAGCGGAAUUCUAUUAUCACGAAGUAUACCUACCGACUAUAGGUACCAAUCAAGGUGUAUUGAUAUACACCUUGGAACGAAUAAUGAAUUUUGAGUUUUUUUAGAUAUUGAAUUUGGAUAUAAUUAUUUUAACUCGCUGAAAAGCUAAAGGAAGAGUUGUCCUCCCCGCAUCCUCCUUAUGGGCGCCCUUGAACAAUGGUACAAUAAUAAAGAAAACUAAAUGCUCGACAAAUUAAAAUAUCAUUCAAAUGUAUACAAUUUAAAUAGGUUUUAUAAAAAUUGUAUACAUAUACUCUACUACAUAAGUAAAACGUACCCCAAUUUGGCAAGUAAUCAAGUACAGUCCCUUAUAUCCGUACAUACUUCUUUUCAACCGUUGUUGAUAAAUACCACGAAUAGUUUUGAUACAUUUUAUUCUAUAAAACAUUCACUACAUAGUGACAAAAAUACAAGAAGAUAUAGUAAGCAUAUUCAACACAUUAGCUUAAAGAUAAAACAACAGUUAAUAAUAUCAUUUUUUUCAAUUAUUAGAAAAACUAAAAGAAAAAUUUAAAAACUACCUCCUCAAAGUCAUAAUUAGAAAAAUGUUUUCUACUAGAUAAUUACACUUUAAGUUGAAAGCCAGAGCAACAUGUCUGGAAGAAAAGUUGUUUAGACAGAAAUAAAAUAAUAAAAACAUGCAUUAUAGUAAGAACAGUACAUUCCUCGUAACACUCAGAAUCUAAACAAAAUUAUUCUCGAUCGUUUUAUUUUUCAACAAAACGAUGAUCAUGACGAUAAAGUUGUCCCUAACACUAUAGUAUAAUAUUGUUGUUAUUAAACCGCUUAUUUACGCGCAUUUCGGUAAAACCGAAAUGGCAAUCAAAAGUUGCAUAUUGUAUAUUAAACUCCCAAAAAAAGGAAACUCAAGAUCCUGGGCGUUGGUAAAACAGAAUUUUUAUUACUUUUUUUUUUAAUUACAAUUUCGUUCGGAGUGGAUAUUUUAUUUUCGUAUACGUUUUAAAUUACUCUGAAAGUUUUUUUUUUUUUUUCUAUCGCGGAAAAUUUCGUUAAAAUUACCUGCAGCUAUAUAGGGAACCUCUUAAAUAUUUGGGCGUGAAAUACACAGAAUGCACGAAAACCAAUUAAUUUCGUCAAUACUUAUAAUUCGUAUAUCGUUAUAUUUUCGUCGCGUUUUUUUUUUCUUCUUUAACAGACCAGCUUGAUGUAUAGUUACAAUGAAUACAUUUGUUGUUAAUGUUACUGUAAUACGUUUGUUAAAUAUACAAAUAACAGCGUUCUCAAACGAAUAAUUAGUAAUUUUUUUAUUAUUUUCUACAGCAAUUACAGAUCAUCGUGUAAUCGAACCGUACACGAUUUUAAUUUUGAUAAUAAUAUUAUUAUUACAGUAUUAUCUAAAAAACAUAAUACAAAUGUAAAAGCGAAAAAAAACGAUGACCUCUAUUCGGAAAAACCUAUAAAAUAAUAAUAAUAAUGAUAACAAUGAUUAUAAUAGUUUAUCCCUAUCUGAUAAGUAGCUGAAAUUGAGUAUAAUACCCGUCAUAAACGUCCCUGCUGUCAUUAUUUGUCGUUAGUCGCUAUUUUCAUUACUAUAAUUAGUUACUGUAAGUAUGCUUACUAAUUAUUAUAGUUUAGUUAUUGUUUACUAAUAUCCGUCAUAUAAUACAUUAAUACCGCAUUGGUUUUAUAAUAGUCUUACUAAAAAAUAAUCUAUAUCAAUCAACAGUUACGUAUAAUAUUAUACUACUGUAUACGUCAAAUUCAACCGAUGCUAAUACCUAUAGCUGAUUGAUAAUUAUUAUUAUGGCUAAUUGACUGCAUUGUACACUUUUUUUUUUUUUGAACUUUAAAAAAUUAUUAAAAAUAAUGAACAGACCCUAUAAAAUGGCUUUAUCUUAAAAUAUUUCAAAAAAAAUAAAAUAAAAAGUUAUUUUUUAAGAUUUUUACCGAAACAUAAAAAAUUAAUUGAAACAUAAUAUAUAUAUUUUGAAGUCCUUAUCCCUGUAAGUAAUAUAAAAAAAAAAAAAAAAGUUAGAAUUUGAUUAUAUCUUUAUUAUUUCGUGGGACACUGUAAUAUAAAUUUUAAUAUAUUAAUACAGAUGAUUUUUCUGUUUUAUUUCAAUGCUAUUGUUAUUUUGCCUUUCAAAUAUAAAACUGUUUACUACAUUCUAAAAAUCAACAUAUUUAAACUGAAUACAAAACUUUGUAAAAAAAAAAUAAUAAUAAUAAUAAUGAUAAGUUUUGAAAUUAAAAACACGCGUUAUUCUUAAACUGAAAAAAGUAAUUUUUCUGGUUUUGUUUCUGUGCCAUUUAUGCUAAGAUAUCACCUUAAUUAACUUACAAUUACAAACGUCUAUAUAUAACACGAUGCGUGGCUUUUAAAUAUUGUUUCGACUGCAAAAAAAUUUUUAUGAUUUCUAUAAAAUAAUUUGCGUACAACAUAAUUUAGACAAUUAGUAAAAGAUUAAUUUGAUUAAUACUGAUGGGAAAAACCGUGCAGAAUCACUAGUAUCACUAGAAUCACUAGUAAAAAAAAAUGUUGAUACGUGUUCACGGGUAAGCCGCUGCUUUUUUUAGGUAGUACCUACCAAACAGAUCCAUAUAUAUCCCAGAUAGGAUAUACGGGAUAAUUUAGUUUACAUACUAUACGCAACGAUAAAUCAUAUUGCAAAUUAAAUAAAAAAAAACGAUUCUGAGAAAAGUAGUAUUGCGCGCAAAAAUAAUAAAUAUUUUUAUUGUAACUGUAUACAAAAGGCGAUUCUCCACAUGAAGAAUAUAUCUUUAUUAAAUAACAUACAAAAAAGAAAAAAUAAGUACCGUUAUUUUUAUUGUCCAGUCGAAAUGUUAAUACAUAUUAAAAUAUAUUAUUUUCAUUUCUAUCGUUUCACAUUUCGAAAUAAGCGGUCGCUGAGGUCGACCCGUGGUAUUAUUUUAGGUUUUUGUCUAAACACUGUAUUUUUGUAUUUACGGUAAAAUAGUUACAAAUAUAACGAAUAAAAUGAACAAAAAAAAAAAAAAACUAUAUUAAUUAUCUUUUCGUGUGGCGCGUUCGUGUCUCCUUAUAUUAGUAUAUCUGUAUAAGUACCUACAAGAUAUUGGUUUAUGACGGUUAAUUUAAAAAAAUAUACAUAUUUUUAUUUUUUUUUUGCAGGAACGACUUUUACUAUCUGUGUUACCGGAACACGUAGCCGUCAAAAUGCGCCAGGAUUUGGGUGAGAGAUUGGACAGUCAAUUCAAAAAGAUAUAUAUGAGUCGGCACGAAAACGUUAGGUAAAAAAUAUAUUGUAUAUCGGUUUUUAUUUAUUAUUAUUAUUAUUAUUAAUGAUGUAACGAAACGCGAUUUUCGGUGAAAUAGAAAUAAAAACUAAAAAUAAAAAAAGCUCACAGAAACGUCCUGUAGCCGUAUCAAGAAAUACCAUUAAUAGUAUUUACGAUUAUUAUUGGAUUCAUUGGAAAAUUCGAUUACUUACCUAAAGGAUGUACUUUCUUAAUAUUAUAAGAUACGUCGUUAUAUCAUAGCUCACCGAAAACAUCUAAAUAAUUGUUAUAAAAGUGAUCAUUUUAAUCGUCAUGCGAUUUUGAUGCAAUCGAUUGAUGAGGUUAUAAACUCUACGGUAUUGAUUACACAACUAAAUGCGUUAGAUAAAAUUCCAACAAUCAUGCCAGUAAUGAUCUUUACACGAACUAAUUCCUCUUGUUUUUUUCACUUUCGUUUAUCUGCUUCCACUUAAAACGGGCUUUUGAAAUUUGAUUCAUAAAUUAAGCUGCAUGGAAUAUUAAACUAUUUCCAAAAAGGGAGAUUUCAAAGUUUCAAGAAACUUUAAAUUUGGCACAAAAGUUAUUAAAGGUUAUACGUGAAGAGAAAAACAAUUUUAAAAUCAGUGCCACUUUAAGAAAUGUAGGCAGGAGUAGGUAGAGACAUAUUUUUAAAUUUUUACAAAAUCUACACAAAUAUACAUACAAACGUACAUUUAUGUAUUAACUGAAUCCAUAUAGUUGAUUAGUUUUGAAACCAGUUCCUAGUUAGGUGAAUAAAAUGAUUAUAAAUAAAAUGUGAUUUUUCUAAUAUUAAUAAUAAGGAUAACAUUCAUAACAUUAUUUUACUAACUAUUAAUAAAAAACCAAAAAUAGCUAUGAUUUAAAAUUAAUUUAAUAAUAUGAAAAGAAAAUCUUAAACAUGAAUAAAAAUGCAUAAUCCCUCCAGUGCCUUGUAAAAAACCAAGAUCACACUCGCUAUGUUGAUGUUAGAAAACAGGAAUGAUAUCCUCAACAAAAAUAUAAUGAUUCAAAUGAUAAAAAACGCCCAAGUCCCAGAUCCCCUCCUAAAAAAUUCAGUUUAUAAAAAUAAUACAUUGUAUUCUUUUUAUACAUUGUAUUUCUAUAGUCCGAAACAUCACUUUACUCAGACUAACAUUAGAAACACUUCUUUUUAUUGGUUAACAUUUGCCUAGUUUUUGAAUGAUGCAUGAAAACAUCAGAAUCGUGUGUACUCCCUUAAGAAUAAGGUGUAUGAUAAAAAAUAAAAUAACUCCGGAUCUUUAAUCAGUCAAUUUAUCAAAAUAAUCAUAUUAUCUACAUUAUUUUAAAGUCUGUUUUAUGUCUCAUUCAGAAACGGACUAAGGGUUAAGCAAUAAAAAGUAAAUUGCAAUAUUUCUCAUUAAAGUAGAAGUGAAGUUAGAUUACGGACUAAUGGAUGAGCAGAUUUGGCCACAAUUAAGAUAUCACUACUUUGAGAAGUUGACUUUUUGGAAAGGUGGUGUGGGAUAUUUAUUUAUGGUUAGGGUUUUAUGGGGGAUAAUAUAUUCUCAACCAUGUCCAAAACUAAUCAGUAUAAUAUCAUAAUAAUUUAUGAAUAUCGCAUCUGCAUUUUUGCAUUUAAAUCUGCUGUCUGUAAACUUCGACAAAAUAACUAUUUUUUCUAAAAUUGUCUACAAAUUUUGUAAACUACAUUAAUAAAAAUGUAUGGUCACUAGAGAUUUGAGUCGCAUUUUAGGGGUAGAAUUUCGAAAAAAAAGUUGCGAGUUACACACGAUCCCAUUCAUCCUGUAUUCCGUAUUUAAAUUUUCAGACCUUUGCGUAUGAUAAAUUUGACUAUGGAUCACGCACAGACAAAUAAACACUUCCCUUUAGAUAAAUUUUAGAUAAAAAUAUUAAAUUUCAAAUUUUAUUUCAAUUUUAAUACCUAUAACAACAUUAUAAUGAAUAUAAUAUUUUAAAUUAGCUAAUAGGUAAUAGGUGUAAUUCAAAAGAAUCUAAAAUAAAUUAUAACGUUAUGUAGGUAUAGUUUUAAAUGUACAGUUUAUACCUUUCAGUUUUAUUCAAAGGUAAUAAAGACCUGGAUGGAACAUAGCCAAAUGAGGCCAUUAUUUUUUUCUAUGGAGGGAGGGGGAUAUGGAGGUCAUAUCCUCCAACCAAUGGUUCAUUAAGUUUGCAGGUUUUGAAUGUUUAUUUUAAUUAAUAUUCCUCAGUAUUAAAAGAAAAACUAGAAUAUUUCCACAAUUUAUUAAAGUUUUGUACGCCUUUAAUAAAUUCUAAUAAUUUAACAACACAAUUAAAGUUGUAAAAAGUUAAACUCACCAGGCUCAAUGUUGUUCCAAAAAGUAGUUAUAAGGCAUUCUUUCGGAGUAGUUCAACAUAUUUUCCUAACAUUAAUAAAUUAUUGAAAAUUGUAUGUUCAUUAACAAUUUUGACAGCGACUCCCCAAGAGAACGUUUUCAAAACUCAGACGAAUGAAAACGUAUUUAAGGAACUUUACUGGUGGAGCGAAUUUUUAAACAAACUUUACACUUACUGUUGUUUAUAAAAUUUCUAAAUUUGUCUUUAGAAUCGAUAUUAGUACACAUAAAUAUAAUUGUCACACCUGAUGAAAUACUCAACAUUCUUUCAUUGUCCUUAAGAAAAUUAUACUUUGUAUUCUAUUAAUAUGAACAUAAUACAUGUACAAUAUAUGUCUUUUCAAAUCUGUAUACCCUCCCAUAAAAAAUCCUAAAAAUGCUACUACUUAUGAAGUAUCAAACGAGUGGAUAGCUAUAUACUCGUAUAUGAAAUCUAUAAAUGUAAUAACAGUCUUUUUCUUUUAAGUUGUACCAUAAAUUUAUUAUCAAUUGUUUUCAAAUAUUUGAAAUGCGUCAAACUUAAAAUUUUAUUUGAGUAUAGGUUUUCAAAAAUAAAAUAGUAUAUCUAAAUAACGAAAAUGUAUAACUCUAUAAUGAUUAGCCGAAUUAUUUUAACAACGUUUUUUAAACCCCUAAUUAUAUUAAUAAUAAUUUAAUCACCUAAUUAAUAACCCUACACAGAUUACAGAGGUAUCCGAUAAAAAAAUAAAAUAUUAUAACAGCAGCAAAUUGAUUGGAGGGUAUUUUGAUUCUAGUGAUGGAAUUUUGCUGCUCAGUGGUGUUUUUUAUUUCCUUUCGAUUGUGAAUUAUAAUACUAUAUAAAAUAUAACGAAUAGAUUAGCCUAUAAAAAAAUUCUAUUAUAAAAAAAAAUUGUUUUUCGUUCGUAUGAAAUUGAAUUUGUAUAGAAUAUUCCCCUGAGGAGAUGAUAAUAUAUUUUAUUUAUUUUUGACAAUACGUAUAGGUACUCGUAUACGUUGUUCGGACGUUUAUUCGCAAUAUAAUGUUAGGUAUUACAUUGCGCGUAAAGCGUAUUAAGGAUUUACUUUAUGACCUAUUUAUAAAAAAAAAAUGUCGUAUUCACCUAUCUACACAUACACCAACCUAUACCUUCAGUAACUUAUUACCAUAUAUGUGUAUAGUCGAAUAUAAAAUUAUCUUUGUCACGUAGAUACUUACGUACGCAAAACACACCUACUUAGUCAGUCGUGUAUAUCUAUUUCAAUUCGUAUUCAUCAAAACGGUUGAUUAUACACAAGUAUAUAAUCAGAUCAUUCUAAAUGUUAUUAUAUAGCCAAAUUGUCCAUGAAAUUUUUGCAAUAAAUUUAAAAAAUGGAAUUAUUUUAAAAUAUUACAAAAUCCUUAUGUUUUUCAACUUUGAGGAUGAAACCACUGCCCAUUAUAUUUUUUCAAAUAGCAAUCUAUAUUAAAAGUUCCACGAAUAGGUGAAGUUUUAGUUUAAACAUAUUUUGGUGUUACAUUUUUUAAUUUUCGUCAAAUUUUUGACGAGGUAUUCUAUUUUUAAUUUUCAGGGAGGGGAGUAGGGACUAAAAAGUUUUUCAAUAUAAGUUUGAAAAUCAAAAGUGAAUAGUGACAUCAUCCCCAAAAAUGAUUCCAAAAAGUUUUUACAUAAAUCAAUUUUUGAAAAAAUUUGUAAUUCAUGGAAAUUUAACUGUAACAUAAAAUUUGGAUCAUCUUGUGAAAAAAAAAUAAUAGACGGAUAUUUUAUGAUCAAUAAUUAUUUUUUCAAGCAAUAUUAUAUUAUACGUAAACUGUAUUCAUGGAAUUGAAUACCUUUUAUUCUAUCCUACAUUAAAAUUAUAAAAAGGUACACAGUUCACAAACUUAUAUACGAUAAAUUGAAUGAGAGUAUAUGUGAAACUGUUUUAGAAACUAUAUUCUGUCUCUAUACUGGAGGUUACUAUUUUUUAAAUUAUGUAAAAUCAAAUAAAAUGGAUUUUUAAGAGUAACACAUUUAAGAAUACGUGAAUAAAUUUAAACAAGUAAUUUCAUGGAAAAUUUAUCUGUCAUCUGAAAUGCCUGUAUAGUGUUUAGAUGUUUUAGAUUUUUAAAAUAUUAAAAAACUACACAUUUUUUUUAAAAAAAUUUAAUAUCGAAUAUAAAUAAAAAUAAAACACCUAAAAUGAUUGAGCAUUUUAAAAUUAAAAAAACAAACCCAAAAAGUCAAAAGACAAAUUGCUCUAAACUGAAAUAAAUAUUUCAUCUAUUAAUUCCAUCGUGUAUGAAACAAAUUUCUAGCUAAAAAAGUAUAACAUCUUUAUACUGCUAAUAGAAAAAAAAGCAAAUGCCUAACAUAUCAGAAUUCUCAUAAAAAUAUUACUCAUAUGCAGUUUACUUUAUACAAUAUUGAACUUAAAAUGUCUAUAUAUUUGGCAUUCAAAUAAUCAAUUAAUACCGGUGUAACCGAGAAUAUUUACCCCCGUAAAUUUUAACCCCUCCACCGGCAAACUUUCUUUGGUGAAAUUUUACUGGGGGAAAAUAAUCUCAAGUGAAAUUUUACUGUUGGGGGUAGGGAUAUUCGCUAGUGGAAUUUCACUAAAGAUAGUUUGCCGGAGAGGCAAAAUUUUACGAUGGUAUUUUUUUAAUAACUGUUAAAUUUACUUAGUGACCUCUCAAAUUAAACCUUACUAUAAAUAUUUUUAGAACCUUUUGACACCUCGAUGAAACUUGUAGGCUGUAUACAAAUAAUAUAAUGAAAAAUAAGUUAAAUUAAAUAAAUAAUGUAAUAAUGAAUAGUUGACAAAGCAACACUGUCAACUGAAUUCCGCUCAGAAUCUGUUUUUCGUAACGUAUAUCAGUAAAACUAUGCAAAAUGAAAUUAUGCGUCUAUCUGUAGUAAAUUAACAAUCGAUAAUAUUAUAAACAAAGUAAAGCCCACUCCAUAUGAUAAUAAUAUAUAUAUUUAACGGAAUAACGGAUAAUGAAAAUCAUUUAACAAAAAUAAUAAGAGAAAUUUUAACGGGAGGUAAAUUUUCUCUAGUGAUAAUUUCACCCGAUAAAUAAUCGUGGGUACACCAGGACUACUUUUAAAUUUAUUUUUAAGUCAAUGAAUAUUUUUUAGUUUAUCAAUUUCCCUCUUCUCCCCUCCCCAUAAAUUUCGUUAAAAUGUCUUAUACUUAAUACGCAUAGGAUCUUAUAUAAUUGAACGUGACCCUCGAAAUAGCUAUAGUAAUAGUAAUUUUAAUUCAAAUUAACAUGAAAUAAAUAAAUCGUAUGAUUUUUUUUUUGUUUGUUAUUUUGAUUUUAGAAUGAUUACAUUUAUCUUUGAAACCUUCCUAAAACUCGAGAAUUUUUGUAUACUACUAUAUAAUAUCAAACGAUUUAUAUCAGUUUUCUCAUAAUUUAGAUACUCAAUUUUCAGAAAUUCUUUGGAUUUCCAUGGCUUUUCCUUUAAUUAAUGCUCUGAAAUGUUUUCAACGCAUAUUUUACGUUAACGAAUAUCAUAGCUAAACAACAUGCUUUUGAUUUUUUUCUACAUGAACAUUUACAUAUUAUAAAAAAAAAAAUAAUAAUAAUACGAUAAUAUAUCUGUCAAAGUUUCCUGUUGUCUAUUAUUAUACUAAAUAUAGUAGAUGUAAUAUGAUUUUUCUUGUACGGAGAAGAACGAGAAAUCGUAUACGACCGAAAUUUAAUAUAAAGCCAAAUUAUACGUUUUCAUAGAACAUAAUUAAUAUAAUUGAACCCGUGUACCUUAUUUUGAAAAUCUGAUUGUUGAUUUGCCAUCAUCAGCAUUUAAUUAAAAACGUUUUUAGAAAAAUCAAUAGUCUAUAUAAAUAAGAAUUUACUGGUACGCGUGAAAAGGGUGUUAAGUCACCAAAUUGUCAAACAUGAGUUAUUUACACCAAAAAAAUGUAAAAAAAUAUAUAUUUUUCUUGUAGGAUAUAUCACGUUAAUUUUGUAAUGCAAUUUUGCCUAAAUUAUUUACUUGAGGCCUUUAAAAAUUGACGGGUACCUGGAUCGAAAUUUUGGAAUUCAAAAAAAAAGAUCCAACCUAAUGUAUAUAUGUAUGAUGUAUUAUGUUAGUUCUAAAACUGAGUUCUAAAAAUUGAAAAACUUACCUGUAAUUUGAAUUAAUAGAUAAAUGGUUAGUUUAGAUAUUAAUAUGUUCCAAAAAAUAAAAUAAAAAUCAUUUGAUGAACUUAUACUUGUUUUUUCCAGACUUAGUAAAUUAUCAAAACAUUAUAGACAUUUUAAUUUUACGAGUUUUCUACGUAAUUUUUAUUUUGUAGGUACUAAAAUUAAUACUCAUAUUGUUAGGCUUAACAGAAGAGCUUGAAAACUUAACAGUAGGUUCAUUAUAAAUCCUACUAAGGAAUCAAAAAAUAAAAAAAUUUAUUGUAAUGUAGUAUUUUUUUAUUUUUUUUUUGUAUACAAAACGUUUAAUACUAAAUUUUGACCAAAAUCGUAAAUAUUACCGCUUUUCAAAACAUACAUAUACCGAACUUCUCUCAACCUAACCCGUCCCUAGUAUUAGCCCUUAUUUAUUUUGUUUAUUGAGUAUUAAAUAUAUACCUAUAGUAUAUUAUUAUGUUACACAAAUCGCUUGAGUUUGUACAACGAAAAAAAACAAUAUGCAAAUACACGUUUAUAUAGCUUUUAUGAACAGAUUAAACAUCAUACUAGUCAUCUCAUAUUAUUAAUUCUUAUUAUCAUCAAAGUCGAAUAUUGUUUUCCAUGACCUAUAUUUAAUAUUAUAUUAAUAUUUAAUAUACAUUCAUAAUUUUAAUGAACUUCAAUCUGGUGGAAUGCACUUUAUGUGCACUACAAAUUAUUAUACGAUUCUAACUUUGAAAUUAUAUUAUUGCUGUUAGCUUAACAUAACAUAAAGAACGAUGCCCUAAACUCUGCUACAUUUCCACCAUUGUUUUUACUGUGAUUGGUGGGCUAGACUAAUCUAGCUGACCACACCUGAAAACUAUGACUGAUAAAAAUAAAACGAAUAUUUGUAGUGUUAAUAUCAAAGAAAAUAUAAAAAAGAUAGGUUAUGUCUUUGCUAAAUAAUCAUGGAGUAGCGCUCCCGAAGCUUAGUUCCAUACCCCAAUAAUGCCAUUCCCAUAUUUGUUAUAAAUUAAAUUACAACUGUGAAAGUCAAUCAUCAUUUAAACAUUAAACAUAACCAAUAAACAUUAAUGUUUUAAAAGAUAAUAUAGAUAUACGAUAUUUCAUAAAACGCGUAAAAUAAAUGAUAAUUCAUAAAAAAUAAAAACGAAAUAAACUUACUAAAUUAAUUUACUUUCGGCAUAAGUAUAAUUGAAAAGUAGUUUAUAUAUUCUUAAAUAUUAUCGUUUUAAUAUAUUGUUGUGAUAUUGUUCAUUGUCACUAGUAAAAUACUUUUAAAUUAUUUAUAAUUUUAUUUUUAAAUCAAACAAUAAAAGAAAAAAUGAUAAAUUAUGAUAAUAUGUUAUCUAUGAUUCCCAGUAGCUUAGCAUACGAGAACGCUCAGGGAAAGCUGAUGGACUAUCCAUUCUAAUAUUAUUACCCACGGUUAAAAUACAAACUUUACGGACACCUUGUCGUAUCCUCCAUGAUUGCAGUUUUUAAAAUGAUCAUCAUUGAAAUACGAAUGUUUCCCUACUAUAUUAUAUCAUUUUUUAAAAUGUGCCCUUAAGGCACAAUGUCGUGACAACCCACUGGCUCCACUCUUAUCCACAGUCCGAACUGCAGAGCGAGGGAAUUUAUCCUCAAGCGUACAAUUUCUGGGGCAUAUUUGCGUACUUUUGUUAUGUAUGUUUACUGAUUUUAGAUACUUCUUUAAUUCAAUUUUCCAUUUUCUUAGAACGUUCUCCCAGGAGAUCGUGUACGUUAUAUACAUUUUGCAUUUUAUAAAUAUUUAGGUCUGAAAGGAGUGGAGAGAAUACCGUAUAGGGCGUAUAGUAUUUUUAACUCUCUGAUGUGAAAAAUCCUAGUUCCAACACUACUCUUCCCAGGGCCUGAUUAACCAAUAGGCUGAAAAAGCUGCAGCCUAGGGCACAGUUCAAUGGUAUUGGGCAAAACAAAACAAUUCUUUUUUUAAACUUGUAUCUCCUAUUUUGACCUAUUUUGGGGGUAUGGAGAGGACGGGAGAUUAAGUGGAUGAUGAGCAAAAAAAAGAAAAGUCACUACCAAAUCCUACUGGUAGAAAUCCAUUAAUCAGGCCCUGGCUCUUUCCUAUUAUUUACAAUUCUUCCACAUAUCUGAAUACCAGAAACUCUACAAAAACUUCUUGAACUCUGUCUGAUUAGUCCUUCUAAUCUCUUGUACACACGCCCCACCUAAAUUAUUCUACUACUGUUUAAGGUCUUUAUAGUCAUGCCAUACAAUUUUUCUAAAAGCAGAAUCGAUCCGAAGUAGUAUUACCUAUCCGCUGUUACGAGAUAUUGUUUUAUCUCUAUUCCCUUUGUAGUUUAUUAACAUUUUCAUACGAACCCUGAUCACUUACACGAAUAUAAUUUGCCCUUAAAAAGCGUAUGAUUCUCUACGUGUAAGAGGUUUGUACAUAAUUUAUCAUUUGUGCAUUUUUGUUGCGCUUGUAAUUUGCCAGAAGUAUAUUAUAGUGAUAUUGUUGCCGUGUUUAGUGAAACGAUAGAAUGAUUUAAAGUGCGCAAAACGAGUAUAAUUGGUGAUGUUAUUUUCGUUUCCAUAUACCUAGUCGUCCGUGUUUGUUUGAGUAGAAAUCCAAUCGAGUCGAACCGUUAGGUUCGUCGUUAUUAUUGUUGCAUUCUAAUGUAUCAAUCGUCCCUCACCGAAAGUAGUUUAAAUAAAUAAUAAUCGCAUCAUUCAUUUUACCGAGCGUAAAUAAUUAUUACUUAUAUUUGAAACAAAACUGAUGUGGCUGAUUAAUAAGCGUAACUUUUGUUUUAAAUAUUAUAUCGGAUGUUGUUUUUUUUUUUUUAACUUCACUCUUAGUAUUUCUUCUUGUACAUAUAUAGUUGAAAAAUAAACCCAUUUCCAUAGAACGUCGCGACGACGACGGCGUCUAAAUUGAAUAUUCUUCCGGUACAUUGUGUUUUGUACAUUUUAUUUCGCUUUUUCGUAAAAAAAAAGAUAUUUUUUUCAAAAUGAAUUCAAUUUAUAUUCUUUACUUUAUAUUAUUAAAAUUUUUGUUAAGUUUUGUAUAAUAUAUUUAUAAUUUUUUGUUCGCAGUAUUUUAUACGCUGACAUUGUCGGAUUUACGGCUAUAUCGUCUACAUAUUCAGCGUCGGAUCUGGUGAAAAUCCUUAACGAAUUAUUCGCAAGAUUUGACAGACUGUCUGAGGUGAGUACUAUUUCAAUGAAGAUAACAUUCUUUUUGUACCUAAAUAAUUAUUAUUAUAUUAUAUCAUACAAAUAUAUUAAUGUUUUUGUGAGAAACGUGAUAAGAUAACAAUUCACGUUUUCAGGAAACUAUAAAAAUGUUUUAAUUCCUUAACAAACAUUUUCUUCCUAGGUAUACUUUUAAUUUUAAUUCAUUUCAAAAUAAUUCAAUUAAAUAUUAAGAUUUAUCGUUUUUGUAAUCACAUUUGUUUUUACAAAAAUUAUUUUCUGUUGGUUUCGAUUAACUUAUAAUAUUAUGUGGUAUAAACGAAAACGAUUUAGGCCUGUAAAGAUACGAAUUAUCAAUUUCCUCGCGGUAUUAUUUAAUAUACUUACUUAUUAUUUCCAUACGAAUAAUGACUUACGGUAUUUUAUAAUAAUUAAAUAUUGAUUGCAUUAUUUCUCAUGGCAAAUAAUUAUCUGAAAGUACUAAUAUUAAACGUAGAGUAAAAUCGCAUAUAGGAUCGAUGUGUAAACCGAAAAAUAUUAAAAUCUGGCUAAUUAUGUUUCGCACAAAAACCGUAUAUAAAUUAUAUUAUUAUGUAAAUCGGUGUGUUUACAUACCAAGUUUGGCAGUCAAAGUGGUGAAAAUACAAAUCGCGAAUAAUUAUGUUAAUAAGAACUGCAUCGAAAAUUAGAAAAUUCUGUUUGUAAAUUCAUAUUUAAGCAGAAUGAGACUACCUGCCACAUAACAUUUUCUCAUCUAAUUUGUGAUCAUUUUUCUUAGCGACUAUUAAUGAUCUAUAAAGCUUUGAAUUACAUUUUUUCAUUUUUAUUUUCGCUUAGCCUAUCACCAUUAUUAAUGUUAUUUAUAACCAUAAGUGCACAAGUUUAUCAUGAGGUUAGAACCGUUUAUUUGCGAUCUUUACUUAUGCCUUUUUUUAACUCUACAUCCGGUGUGUUUUGUUUUCUAGAAAUACCAACAGCUCAGGAUUAAGAUUUUAGGCGACUGUUACUAUUGUAUUAGUGGCGCUCCCAUGGAACGACCAGAUCACGCAGUGCUUAGCGUACACAUGGGGCUUUCCAUGGUCAAAGCUAUCAAGUGGGUUAAAUUUCGAAACUCUAAAAUUAGACCACAAACUCACUUAGGUGCCUAAUGUUUUUUUUCUCUACCAUUUAUCGUGUAGAUACGUACAGCAAACCACAAAUUCGCCGGUUGACAUGCGCGUUGGCAUACACACAGGAGCCGUUUUAGCCGGUGUUUUGGGUCAAAGGCAAUGGCAGUUUGAUGUUUACUCCAAGGACGUAGAAUUGGCCAACAAAAUGGAAAGCAGUGGAAUGCCGGGGUACUUUUCGUUUGUUUUUUUUUUCGUUUUUACCCGAGUCGUAUUCAAAUAAACAUUAUAUUAUCUCUAUACGCAGACGAGUUCAUAUAUCCGAGAAAACGUUGAGUUUUUUAAACGGAGAGUUCGAGGUGGAGCCCGGUUACGGUGAACGGCGUGAAGAAGCACUGAAAAUGGCCAGCAUAAAAACAUUUUUCAUUAUUAAAGCCAUCAAACCGGUAAUUUAAUAUUAUUGUUUACACCUCAAAAGUCAAUAGUAGUACACAAUUUUCCCGCGAAAAAUCAAAUAUAGUUAAUAUUUUUUAUUUUAUUAUUAUUAUUAUGUGCAUAACAGUUCAAAAUGGAAGUACAGAACGGAACAUUGAACGACCAACACAGUGCCAGCAAAGAAUCCGUGGUUAGUAUAUAAAAUGUCAUAAUAACAAUACGUAUGUGUUCGUAUAUUGCAGUUUACUUUAACACAUUUUGUGUAAACGUCCAUUUUAUAGUGUGCUACACCGAUCGACGACGCAGACAUCAUAGCUCAGGCCAAGGAGGAUUCAGAAAACUUUAAGAAACGGUUAAGAAAGGAUCUGAUGAACAGAGAUGGUCAUAGGUAAUAAAAAUUUGGAGUUAUAAUGGUUAAAUUAAUUAUAAACACCAAGACUGGAAAUUAAAAUUUAGUUAAAAGUUAGGUUAAUUACAGCAUGUUUAUCUUAAUUUUAGAUUCAGAAGGUAGCAAGGAAUAUUUUGGUUUUAAAAUAAUGUUUAUUUUUUUUUCUGUGACCAAUUUUUCUACCAGAAAUCGUGCAAACAUUUUUUGAUAGUUUAUUAUUUGAUUUUCCAAACGUAAUUAUUUCACACACAAUCAAUUACAAUUUUGUUUUUAAUUUUAACACAGUAUUAAAUUUACCAUCUACGAGCAGUAUUUGAAUAGGUGUCAUCAACGUGUAAAAAUAUAUUUUUGUUUUUACUGUAUAAUUACUAUUUUUGCUGCUUUUGUGGAGUUCCAAAUUUUGAAACUAGUAUAGUUUAAUAUUCUCAAGGAACAUCAUCGAUCAUUCUUGUAUUAUAUAAAAAUUACAAACUUUGGGUUUAAUCAUGUUCAAUGUUUUCAAUAUAAUGCAAUACAAAUUUUACAAAAAAAAAGUUUAACUUGGCUUAUAUGAAUUACUGCGUUAAGCUUACUAAAUUUUCAAAAUAACUUUUAAGUUAACAAAACAAUAGUUAAAUCUUAACGACGUUUUUUUAAAAAAAAUAUCCUGAAUUUUUCUUCUUCUUCUUCUUCUGACAUUUACAAUUCUAAGCAUGGUUCUUAUAACGUCCUAUAAAAUAUUGGUCAUGCCAUUCGGAUAACGCCGUCAAAACAACAUCACGCCGUCCAUCCUUGUAGUCACGCGUAUUUAUUCAGUCUUCCGUCACUCACAGAUUCCUUAGAUCAUCUUCGAGACAACGUAUUAAUCCUUCUUCCCUCGGGCCUACUUCGAGAGUUCUUUCCCCCGAGAUUCUCAUUCUAUAUUAACGCUACUAUAACCUAUAAGUCGUGUACCCGUGCUCGGUUCCGAUCGUUAUGACAGUACGGCUUAGCCAUUUUUAGCCUUUGUAUUUGUAACAAAACCGAUCAUACACGCCAAAUCUGUCACUGGCUUAUAAUCACAAGUUAAUAAAUUAUCAUUCGGACUUGAUAAACAUGUACAAUUUUUUUUCUCACGCUGUAAAUAUUUCGAUGGUUUUAUAAUAAUGUUUCCGCGGCGGACACCCUGUUUUAUCCACCCGAGAACAUUAUUAUAAACCACGCAUUGUUAUGUGAUAAUAAUAUUAUUAUUGAUGGACGUACGACCUACCUACGCCGAAAAUUGAUUGUUUCACCAUAAUGUCCCGGAAUCGAAACAAAGCGGAUAGCUUCGCACGAAAUACCCGCCAAAUAUUACAAAUUUCUCGAUUAAUUACAAAUAUUAUUAUUUUACCUUCGCACUAGUCGUGUUUUCGCAUCGCUCAUCAUAAUAUUACACAUAGGUAUAUUCAGCGUACCUAGUAUAAAUUGGUUUAGGUACGCCGUUGAAUCGAUAAUCGUCGCAUGGGAUUAAUAUUCGAAUUUUAUAUAGAACUCUAGAAUCAAUUUUAAAUUUGCAUGUUUGUGUAUCAGUGAAAUCUGUUGUACACCUAUAAUACGAGUAGGUAUAGGUACUUACCUAUAAAAUCAAUUAUCGCCAUCAGUGUUCAAAUAAUAUUCAUAUUGGGUACCUACCCAAUUUAUUUGGGUUUAUAUACCUACCCGAUUAUUUCAAUCUUAAUAUUACUGCAUAAUACCGGGUGAUUCUUUUGUCGUUAAACACUCAUUAUUUCGGAAAGUAUUAAGUUUUUCGGAAUUUAGUUUAUAGAAAAUUUAAUAAACAAGCCGCUCUGCAAUUUUAAAUUUACAUUAUUUUUUGUUAGCCUAAUUUUUUGGGGUAAAAAUGUCUACCUUAUUUUGAUUUUCAAAUAGCAACUUUUAUUAGAAAUUCCAUAAAUAGAUGGAUUAUUAUUUAAAAUGGAUUUUGGUGUCAAAAUAUUUAAUUUCCGCCAAUCCGUUUAUGAGAUAUUCCACUUUUAGGAUUGGAUCAGGGAAGAGUAGUUCAUUAGAGCAUCAUUUGUGUGGUGGCACAGUGCGCGGCGUUGUAAUAACGCAUCACUACUAACUCUCCUCCGACCUCAACUUAAAAGUGGAAUAUCUCGUCGAUGGAUUGACGGAAAUCAAAAAAAAAAAAAAAAAAAAAAAAAAAAAAAUGAUAAUGUAACAUUUUAGAACUAUUUGUUUCUUAAGUUUUCAAAAAAAAAAAUUUAAGUGGUCAAUACUCUUCUAAGUGAAAAGUGUUGAUACAAUAAUCACCCAGUAUAAUAUGCAUUAUAAAUAAUAGUUGAAUUAUUUAAAUCAUUAUAUUAUUAUGGUUAAUCUAUACAUGAACUAUUAAGUUUCAAGUGAAGUUCCAAGUGAGUUUCAAAGGUGUUAUUUUAAUACAAAUUGACGGACGUGAGGGGGAGGGGUGAUUAUAGAACAAACGAACAUGUUGCUGUCCCAUUUAUAAAAACAGUUCUGCCGUAAAGGCUUUUUGAAAUUUAGAUGCAGUUUUCUGAUAGUUAAAUAGUGAAAAAAAUUACCAUUAUCCAGAUAAAAAUGUAAUGAUUAUUUAUCACCGUCUAGAUAAUUAUUCGAUUAAUUAUUUCUAGUCUUCAUUAAGAUAAUAAUUUAUUUGUAUUCAACACUAAUGUUCUUUAUAUCAUGUCAACCGAAAAAAAAAUUGAUUAUUUAAUAUUUUUUAAAAAAAUCUGAACUAUACCUAAUCAUUGUUAAUUUGAAUUGACUGAUUACGCUUUAUACAGAUUUUUUAAUUAAGUAACCAUAACUCCACAUAGUCUGUAUGGUAACGCUAAUGUUUUCUAUUCCCAGUAGAAUACCCGCAAAAAACCAAAAAAAAAAAGUGUUCUCAUAAAAACCGUUUACUCGUAUUUUUUAAUCAUGAAGUAAAAGUUAAUUGAAUUAGGUGUAUCGAAUUAAAAACUAAAUUGAAUAUUUUAAAAAUAACCACUUUUACACUUCCAUACGCCCGGAUUAGCUCGAAGCGUAAAAAGUCAAACCGCAUUAACAAUAAUUGCGUAUAAACGUGGUAAUUGAAAAAAAAAAAAAUUCAUAAAUUGUUUAUAAUUUAUAAAUAUUUAAUAUACGAUCUCUAUAUGGCAAAGUAUGAUAAAUAAUAUAGAACUCUAUUAAAUGUAUAUUAUAUGCUCUCGUUUUUAACCAAAAAUAAUAUUAUUAGUGAUUUAUACGUCGUCGGUCAUUUGUAUAUUUAACAAAAUAAUAAUUUUUUUAAAUAUUAUACUCCAAUAACUGGAGUUAUUUUCGUGUUUUUGGUAAAACGAUAUAAGUGUCUACCUAUUUGAAGUUAAUAAAUCAAAAUUGUAUGAGUGAAUUCCUUGGGUUUUUUUUUUUUUUAUAUUUUAUAAUUCGAGACGGUGUAUAAAAUACAGCUGAAAUAAUAUUAUUUUAUGAAGCCCAAACAAAAUUAUCACGCUAAAAUAAACAACAUGUAAUGCACUAUAGAUACGGCCGUAGAAAAUUAUAAUAAAAUAAUACAUUCUAAGUAGAUACAAAAAUACGACGACGAGAGAUAACAAAAAUGUAAACAAAAGAUGAUGUUUUUCACAUCGAUUCGAGAUUCAGUAAAUCGCAGAGGAAUGAUUAGUUUUUGCAUACAGAUUUAAAUUAAAUAGUUUCAUAUAUCCCAUUUUCCCAACUUUCCUCCCACAAAGUGGCCCACCCAUUGUGCGAAGUAUGUCCGUCUUUGUUCUUCUAUUUCAAUUUAUUUUAAUUCCCUAUACAAAUAUAAUAUAGAAACCUCGCUAUGCAACGGUAGGUAAGUAGUAACUAUAUUAGAAACCACUUAUUUGUUCAUUAAGAGAUAGUAGAUUGUUUUGAAAAUACAAAUCGUUCUAUCUCUUAUCGAUAUAAUAUACAUGAUUUACAUUUGGACACUAACUCUCUUGGAACAUUAUUGUUAAGAAAAAGCCAAUACGUAAGUUUUACGAAAACUCAUUAAACCUUCUAAAAGCUCCUAAAACCAACUCGGUUAAAUUCUGGCUUGGGCCGAACUCGAAUAGAGUCUAUAUAAAUAGAUACGUAAUCAUGCCCUGGUUUUCAAUGUCGACAUUCUACAAUAAUAUUUUUUUCGCGUAAAUGAUAAUUUCUUAUAGAGACCUGAACAAACAUACAAAAUUUUUCACAUUGGCGUUCAACGACGAGGAAAAAGAACGCGAGUACAAAUACCACAAAGAAGCGGCGAGUGGCGUAUCACUUUUGGGAUGCCCGUUAGUACUGUUUUUAACGUCUUCCGCGCAAAUGAUUAUGUUACCCAGGUUCGUUAUCAAAAGUUUUGAUUAGAUACCUAUUUAUAUGCAAUAUUUUUAAUAGACCAGUAAUAAUAUUAUUGUCAUAAAUUAUUUUAUAGGGACUUAUUGAGCUACACUUCCAAUUUUCUCGCGUUGUUGAUAUUGUUGUUAAUCGUAAUCAUAUCGGUAGCUGACAUUUUCCCAAGAGUAAGUAUAAAUAUUUAAUAUAUUCACAGUGGCGUAGUGCUGUGCAAGGACAAUGAAGACAGUUGCCACAAAGCACACACAUUUUUCGAAGGGAUUACAUGUGUGAUUGUUGAUCCUUAUUGAGCUGGUGGUUUAUGAUUAUUUGAUAAACAAAUUAUAGUUUAAAUUAAAUCAAUUUAAAUAUAUAUGUGAAGAAGGCCUAGUUGCUGGUUGUUCAUGCGCAAUUUAAUAGAUUGCGAUUCGUGUAUCAUCCGUAGUGACAAACUGAUAAAGCUAAUAAUAUUUAAAACCAUUAAAUAUACAUUAUGUAUAGUACCUAUAUAAAUGGGUGCAGUGCGAUUGCACGCGGUGCCGGAAUAUUUGGCCUUUCAAAAAUAUACAAAUGCUUUAUUCCAAUAUCGUGCGCAUUCACGAUAUUGGAACCGACGUUGCCAAAAUCGUUCCAUAUAUUCAUACAUACAUUUGUUAUAUUAUACAAUGAUACAACUUGAUAAGUUAAUUUCUAAUUAUUUUUAUCAGCCUGAUAGAUAUGGAAUUUGUAGCUUUUCAUUUGCUAUCUCCCCGUAAAACUUACCUAUCAAUCUUCCUAUCUUCAUUCCAUGAAGAAGCUUAUGGUUUUACAAAGAUGUUUAUUUUUUUUAUCUGUGCGCAACUUUUCUACCAGAAGAUUUGCUCAGAUUUUUACGUUUAGCACCUUUUCUAAAAAGAAAUAGGCAUGGGGAGGUACCAUAAACAAGUCAUUUUUCAAUUUUCUCAAGAUUUUUCUCAUCAAAUGCGAAAAACCGAAAAAAACGGGAAAAUUUACGAAAUAUAGUAAAUAUAAAUUACAAUUUUUUUUUCUGUGAAUAGCUUUUCUACCAAAAAUUUUGCUGCAACUUUUAAUGAUAACAAUGUUCUUAAAAAUAAAUUUCUCUAGAUACUUUAGGAAGGUCAUUUUUCGAUUUCCCCGAGAGUUUUUCCAGCAAAUGUGAAAAACCGGGAUAAAACAAGGGAAAGCCGAGAAAAAAGUUGGAAAACUGGGAAAAUCGCUACAACAUUAAACAAUUAUUAUUAAAGAAAAUAUAUAAAGUCCAUUUAAUUAUUUCACUAUAAAAUUAAAUAAACUGUUGACAAAGCAUCACUUAUCUACUGAACUCCGCUCAGAAAAACUCCGUUUUUUCGUAAGCAAUAAUUACAGGUGUACAUUAAAUUAUUUAUAAUAGUGACUGAACCCGUCCUCAUUAUCCUAGGACAUCUUUUUUAAGCCGUAUCCACAGGAUACUUAUGGUCACCAAUAUUAUCGAAUACAGAAUUAUUGUUUGUUAAUAGAGCAGCUGUGCACUGUUUUUACAGUACCUCCAUUUUACAUAUUCAUCAGCCCGCUGUCUGAUAUAUCGAUAUGUGUACCCUUUUUGGGUACCUUCAGAAACUACCUUUUUUGUUCUACCUAUAGAGCACAUUUUGUUUUUCAAUUUACAAUAAAUUGUUUCACUACAAAAAAAAAAUAAUAAUAACAAUAAUAAUAACUGAAACAUGAACACGACUAUCAGUAUGGACUAGAUAUAUAUAUCAUGCGAUUAUAGAAUAUUUGUGUCUGUAAUAUGGGAAUUUACUAUAAUAUUGGUAUAAGUUUUCCAGCGGCAAUAAUAAGUAAUCAAUAACCUAUUAUAGUACGGAUGACCAAGAUAAUUCUUAUAAAUUCAAUAUAAAAGUUCGCCGUAAAUAUAUUUUGGUACUGUAUACUGUAUAGUAUAUAUUAUUUGGCAACGUUGCAUGGAAAUAAACAUGGUAUAGAUGAUGCGGCCCGCUACAUCGUAUGCCUUAAAAGAUAUCGUCGACAAGGACCGCGCGCAAUCAUACUCCACCAAUAUCAAUGAUAGUUUAAUCAAUGACCAUAAUGAAUAAAUAUUAUACAAAUUAUUUCAUGUUUUCAUAAAAAUGUGUUAAAUAUAAAUAAAAAGUACAAAUAUAUAUGGUGUGAAUGUAAAUUUACUUAAUUUAAAAUUUAAAUGAAAUGUUUAUUGUGAUAAUGUAUGGUCUGGUUUAUUUUCGCCGAAAAAAAACCCUAUAAUUAUCCAGUGAAAAAUACAGUCACAACACUGUUUUGGUGACAAUGAAUAUUAUAAUUUCUAAUUUUUGUUAUAGAGGCGAAAAAUAUAUUUUGCCUCAGAAUGUUUUAAUACGGUGCUUUUACGACGCUGUAUAUUUAGUGUAAUAACUUCUGAGCCUUGAUUAUGCGUAUAAUAUAAAAAAAAAAAAAAAACAUAAAAUUUGAUUCUUAUUAUGAUUACCCGUAUAUAUAUAUAUUAUUAUUAUAUUAGUUUCUGCCGUCGAGAAUUGUAUGGUUUAGCGAGAUAAUCAACAACUCGUUAUGGACUCGCCGCAUACUCGGCAUAGUUGCUGCGCUGCUGUUGGCCUCCACCAACCUCGUAGGAAUGGUGAGUCGUUUAAAAAAGUUUGAAACCCGUCUAAAACAGAAUUAUUCGUCCCGAUAGUCGUCAUAUAUUUAACGUCUGUUAAAAAUCGUUCAUCGUUUUCUUGGCGGAGUCUCGGAUUUCCGUUUUAGACGGAUUUCGCCAGUUUUAAUACCUGCAGACUUGUAAAGUAUUCGAAUUUAAAUAAAAAUAUCCUCAAAUAUUUUUUAGCACAUUCAAACACGUAUUUUAAAUAAUUUCACGAAAAUGCUUUUAAGUACAUUUACAAUUUUUAAAAUAUAGAAAACAUAUUUUAAAUUUAAGCAGUAUACCGCAUUUCAAGUAAAACGGAUUAAACAUUGUAAACAUUGUAACUAUUGUGCAGUUGCACUAGUAUUGAAAUCGUAUAUAUUAUACAAAACGAAUCUGAAUAUUAUUGAUAACUCUUCUCUUUUAUUUUGCCAAUGUUAUUAUUAUUAUUAUUUUUUACUUAAAACCCAAUUCCUAUAGACUUUAUACCGAUAAACGUAUUGAUUAAUGUAAACUGUGUCGAAAGACAACUCGCAAAGUGAGCACUUUGCCUAUUUUCAAAUAAAAUUAUCUAUAUAAAUAAUUAUUAACAAUAUCUAAAAAGAAAAAUGCGUAUUUAUAAAUACUUUCAUUUUGUAAUCGUAUAUUCAAAUACGUGUAAUAGUCUAAAUUUUGUCAACGCCUAUUUUGUGUUUGAAAUAAUAUAUUUUUAUUUAGUAUCUUUUACAAGUCUGUGUAAUUGUGUCUGGUGAUAGGGUUCAUAGUAUAAUCGUUUUUCUGCGUGUUCGAAGGUAUCGUGCUGGUCCGGCAAUCAAAUACUGACCAACUGCACGCACGGCCAGAGUGAUCCGUCGGCGUAUUGCGUGUACCCGUCGUACUUCACUUACUUUAUGGUGUUGGCCCUGAUUGCCACGUCCUUGCUGACACAGUUAUCGCAUUUCACCAAAGCCACCAUAUUAAUGAUCGUCACGCUGGUACACUGCGUCGUCAACGUGAUCACGGUGGGCGCCGCCAUGGACUGCGAAAAUGCCAUCAUAUCUAAGCCGUUAAGGUAAUAAUAAUAAUAAUAAUAAUAGUAAUAAAAAAAAAAAGAACAUUUAUAUAUAUACAUAUAUCAGAUAGCAGAACUAAGAACCUAUUACUAUAAUAUGUGAUUUUCUCUGUAAACGACAUUACGAACAGAAAUCUCGUUUUUCAUACAUCAGGUGUCGGGUAGCAAAGUUGUGUCCGUAUUAGGUAGUUGGAAUAUCGGAGAUGAGGUUGUUUUUUUCACAGUUUACGGUUACCCGGCUGAACACAUCUCCUUAUGACGGACACUCACGAGCAGAGUACAACAAAUAAUUAAUAGACAUUUUUAAACCGUUCAUUCUCGCGAGUACAGUUUCGCUUAGCUUUACAGUACAGUUUGAAAUACUAUAAUAAGAGUGUCAAAUGAAGAAGUGUACCAUAUGAUGAAUGAUGAUUGAUCUUUAUGGAAGACGAUCGUAGUAAAGUACAAGAAAUAGAUAGGGUAAAUUUUCAUAAUGUACAAUCAAUGAAAUACAUCAAUGGUUUAAAAGGUCAAAUAUAGGUAAUAUGUCUAUUUUUUAAAAACAUGGCAUUAUAUGUCUAAUCUAGAAAACUUGGUCAUUCUAUCAAACACUGAGUAUUCAAAAUUAUUCUUACUGAAUUAUUUAUACGUAAUAAUAUUUGAUACUUUAUGAAUUAUUCAUAUUUUCGAAUGCACAAAAAUGAUAACUCUAAAAAAAAACGUGAAAUACAGUAUUAUUUUAAAUACAUAAUAUAUUAACAUUGAUGUUAAUUUUAAGUGGACAAAUGUAACAUGUCCGGACAUUAAAUAUUUCACAAAACCAAUAAAUUCAAUUUCGGAUAAUAGUUUAAUUAUUUAUGUGUUCAUGAAAUGUUCAUACCAAGAUAUAAUAAUAAUUUCAAUUUAUAAUAAAUCCAUUAUUUUUCUACACAAAAAUUGUAUUUACAAAAAAUAUAGUUUCAAUCGAGUUUAACUAACAAAUUUUUAUUUUAGGUUAGUUGUACACCAUAUAAAGUUUAUAUUCAAAUUAACAAUUAAAUUUAAAGCAAAACUACGGGGGUUAGAAAUUUCAAAAACUUUAAAUGGCUCUACUGAACAAUUUGGUAUUUGUAAAAUAUUAUAUUAAAUUUUAACCUUUAUUAAUCGACAUGGAUAACUACGAUAAUCAAAAGGAAUAUCAAGAGGAAAACAAAGAAAGAAAGGCCAAAUAGUUCAACCGAGAAAUCCUACAAAAAGCUAGAGAAAUUCACUAUAGACAGAGAAUAGUGUAGGACCAUUACACCGAUCAACCAAUCUACUGAUUGAAAAAAAAAUAAACAAUAUACGUGUAUACAUUUAACAGCUAAAAAUUAUGGUUUCAUCAUAAUAAUUAUAAUCAAUAAUAAUAAUAACAUGCGAUUUAAUGGAUAUAUUAAUGAUACGAUGUGUAAUUAAUCAUUUUCAGAGUGUUGUCGUCAAAAUACGCUCUAUCGUUUCUACUCAUAGCUGUUACAAUGGCGCUCGUGUUUUUGGCUAGAAACGUAACUUUUUUCAUUUAUGCUAUUUUUUUUUUUUUUUGAAAACCCCAUUUUCAGUGUUUACAAUAUUUCGGUUUUUUUUUAUUCUUUUUACAGAUGGAUAAAUCGUCUAGGGUUCUUUAUCUGUGGCGGACGGAAGUGGAAGAACAGCGAGAACGCGCUUCGGACAUCCGAAGGCGAAACGAAGCUUUAGUAUACAAUAUUUUACCACCUCACGUCGCUAAACAUUUUCUAGGGAGUUAUAAACGUCAGCAUGAAGAACUGUACAGCCAGAGUUACGCAGAAGUUGGAGUUUUGUUCGCGUCUAUGCCAAACUUUUCUGGUAAAAUUUUGAUUUUUGUUAGAACAAAAAUAUUCUAGAUAUUUCAGUCUGUUUAUUUCUCAUAUUAUCAGGGUAGGUUUUUUAACCAUGGUUCAGCGAUUAGCUACGAAGAUUUUAAGUAAAAUCGAUUUUUGUAACAAAUUAAGGAUAGAAAAGGGUAUAAACCAUUUUAUAUCCAUUUUUAUAUGAUAACCUUACCCUGUAUAUAUAUAAUUGACAUAAAAAUGUGUAGAAAAAUAUUCUCUUUUCAAAUCUAUACUAAAAAUAGAGAGUUGAUAUUGUGUUAAUAAGUUAAUGAUAAGGGUAAUAUUUAAAAAAUAUCAUAAACAAGACUAUUAAACUUUGUUACUGACUGAACAAAACUAACAUCAAUAUUUUACUCAAAAUCUUCGUAAACAUUCACUGGAUGUUAUCACCUUGUCGUAUACAGAAAAAUAUAAUUUCUAUAAACAAUAUAUUUACUUAGAUUUUUAUUCGGAAGAGACGGUCAACAAUCAAGGGCUAGAAUGUUUGAGAUUUCUCAACGAAGUUAUAUCCGAUUUCGACGCAGUUAGUAAAUUCCGAAUGAUUAUAUGAACCAUAAAUUAAAUUAAUGUAUUUGUUUUACAGCUUCUGGAACAAAAGCGCUAUCAAGACAUCAUUAAAAUCAAGACAAUCGGUUCUACUUACAUGGCGGCCAGUGGACUAAACCCUUCUCGCGUCGUAAAAGUACACCAUAAAUUCUAUUUUUUUUUAAUUUUUUCAUAAUUUCUACUAAUCGUGUUUUAUAAUAAAAUUAUUAUUAUUAACGUUUAAUAAUAGCCCGACGACCCGAUUGAAGUAAGAUGGGCGCACUUAGCACUGCUUGUGGAUUUCGCUUUCGAUUUGAAAAAAGCCCUUCAAGGGAUUAACGAACAAAGUUUUAAUCACUUUGUGUUGAAAAUGGGUACGUAUAUUUAAAAUAAUGGGUACGGGCACCUGUGGUUUUGUAUUUUAACUCCGAUCAAGUAUGAUAAGCGACAUAAUAUGUCGUGAAUACGAAAGUAUAAUACACUACCAAAUGCUAAAGUCUGGGGUAUCCCCGACGUAUAUGUCCGCCUAUCAGCGUGACAGCAGUAGUGCGUGUGUAAUUUGUGUAAUUCAUAACAAUAUAACAUUCGUUUAAAAAUCGAAAAAAACAAUACAUUAUAUACAGUGUGAUCCAUUUAUCAUGAACCGACAAUUUUCCCGGAUAAUUUUAAUUGGAUUUGAUUUCUCUUUUUCAAUCAUUAUUUCGAUGAAUAAUGUUUAAGCUUUAUUUUAAUACUAUUUUCAAAUUUUCAUUUGAUUAACCCCCCACCCCCCACCACCGUCAUAGUCAAAAAUAUCACAAAUAUUUGGAGAUAGAUAUUAGAUCCUGAUACCACUUACUUGAUUUGUUGGGCUUAACUGAGUUUUGUGUGUAAUAACAUCACCAAAGCCUACCAUGUUUGUGCCAAUACUUCCCUUUCGAAAGUUUAUACCUACACAUUUAAAGUUUAAGAAUAAAGGAUUAAAAUUUAAAAAAAAAAGUGUUAAAAGAAAGCAUUGUAUGCGGUUGGAUCAUAAUUGAAAAAAAAAUUUAAAAAAUCAAAUUCACUUAAAAUUCAUCGAGAAAAUCGUUGAUUUACGAUAAACACCAAUCAACUUAUAUUUUAUGAACACGGUGUUGGCGAUUACAGCGUUGUAUAAUAAUAUAAAAAUUAAAUUUAAAAAAAAAAAAAACAUUAACGAGCGACCGGAUGUGUUAUUUUUAUUAUUUUGUGUGUUUUUUUUUUUAAAUGUUUUUUAACGAACGCCAUCGUUUAAAUAUUAUUAUUUUUGGCAGUGUGCACGUUAACAAAUUAAAAUUAUUUAAUGAACGUUCCGAACACCAUACCGGACAUCAUAUGCAAAUCCGAGAGUAUAUAAAUUAACGUAGAUGUAUAUUAUACAUUAAACAUUCGCAUGUGUACUUGCACUAAAAUAUUAAAAUUCGAUAUAUCGGCGCAACAAUAUUACCACAUAAUAAUUGCGAUUAUUUUUCGUAAAUGUGCACUUUUUAAUGGCGUAAAAUUUAAAUAAAAAAUAUUACCAAUAAUUUGGAUGCAAUCAGAUAUUAGCCGAUUUUCCAAACAGACGCAAUAAACGAUACUAAUAUACUACAGCUAGGAUCUUCAACAUUUUUUGUUACAGUCAAUUUCACAAUAUUUUGUUACAAUACAUAAUAUUAUUCCUAUUACCCAUGUGGAAACUUUUUAAAAUUUUAUGUUCUAAAAUGUUUAAUUGCCUGUUUUUCGCUCAUUAUAUCCCGGUAUAAAACCACUACUUAUAUUUGAUUCACAAACAACUUUUCUUCCGGAAAUUUUCUCCAAUUUUUAAUUGUAGCACCUUUUUUUAAAUUCCAUUUUUCUGGGAUGAUACUUUUAAAUGUAAUUUUUUGAUUUUCCCAAGGGUUUUCAUAUAGAAUAAGAAAAACUGAGAAAAAAACGUAAGAAAAUGGGAAAAUUCACGACAUUUAUUAUUUUUAAAUUGUAAAUAUUACUGCUUUCCACAUAUGUGUAACGGAACUCCACUCAGUAUCCUUUUUCAUUAGCAAUGAUUUAUCGCUGUAUACAGAUAUACAUUAAACUUUCCCUCUAUCUUCCCAAUUUCCUUAUCGUGCAGUUUGUUUUUAUAGUUUAAAUACAUUUUAGUAUGGUUAGUUUUAAUUUACGAAUUACAAGUUCACUUUUAAAUUGUUCGUUUUGUGGAAUAGAGGAGUGAAGCAUCAUUUAGCGUUUCGUGGUGAAGCCUACCGUAACAUAACAUUUGAAAGAACCUCUAUAAACCUACUAUUAGAUAAUAUGCUCUUAAACAAGUUGCCGUGCAACUGUCAGAUAAACCCGAAAAAUAAAAACUCUUUUUGCUAUUGCUUCUAAAUAAUUUCAAAUUUAGCCGUUGAUAUUCAAGUUUUUCGAUUACAUUCAAUCAUAAUAAUAUUUUCUAUGAUACGGUAUAGUAACUAAUAGUAAUUAUAAGUACUACAAUAGUAACUGGUAAAGGAAAUAAAUUUUAUAAUAAGUUACAAAAAUAUAUUAGUAGAUUUAAAAAAUUGAAUAAAUAAAUAACCGGUGAUAUUACCACGAACGAUAUUUAAUCUACAAUAUUAUAGUAUUUUACGCCAAAACGAUUUUUUUUCGUCCGAACCUGCAAAUAUAAGAAGUACACUAAUAUACAAGAAGUAACAGUCUCGUUGUAGUCUCAUUGUACCUUCCUCUAUUCGAUCAUAAAAAUGUCGACGAGUUGGUACUUAUAUCUACCGAAACUGUAAUUUUAGAUUCCGAGCGUAGCGAGGGAGCUAAUGGUUUUACAGUGCUGUUUAUUUCUUUUUUUUUUUUUCUUUAUUCUUUGUUCUAGUCUGUGGACACGUUUUUCCAAGUAAAAUUGCUCUGAUUUUUACACGUAACAACUUUUCUGAAAGAUCAAGUUGUCUAUAUGGAACUUUAAAAAUGUCAUAUUUUGAUUUUUGACGUCAAUUUUUUAAUAAAACACGAAAAAAAUGAUUUGAUCGCAAAAUCAGACGAAACCUGUCUUGUUUCCUUUUUGAUUUACCAGUGAUGUUCCCAUUAAUUUUUUUGAGAGUAUACCGAGUCGUCAAAUAAUACCAAAAUAUAAAAAUGUAUACAUUACAAAUAUUUUUCUUAUGGUCUAGAGGGGUAAAGGACGUGUUCAUAAUAAUCUCGAGAGUAUACGCAGUAUACCCAUAAUAUUUAAAAACCGAGCUGAUACUAGGGAUGGAAGUGGCCAUUAUUUUUGGUGAGAAGUUGGGAAGGUAGGAUACAUAAGGUUAUUUUAUUUAUAUCUGUAAGCAAGGACAAACCAUUGCUUGACGAAAGACGAUUUUAAUCGCAGUUCGGUAAUGUAUAAUUAGAAGUGUCGUGAUUAUUUUUACGAUUUUCGUUUAAAUUUGAUUUCAAAAAGCCUAUUAAAACAAAAAAAAGUCGUCCGACGAAUUUGGAAAUUUUACCAUCUAGACAACUUGAGCUUUUAGAAAAGUUGUUACGCGUAAAAAUCUAAGCAAUUUUACUAGGAAAAAUCGUGUCCCACAGACUAGAACAUAGAACAAAGAAAAAAAAGAAAUAAACAGCAUUGUAAGAUCAAUAGCUCCCUCGCUACGCUCGAAAUCUUAAAACUCUUGAGAGUAUACGGCGUAUGUGUAAUAUACCCUAUGAGAACACCACUGGCUAUAGCUCCCUUACACCCCCUUAUCCCACAUAAAUACGCUUCUGAUAUAAACGUUGUACGCAUUUUAUAGUAUUUUAUAUUUAUUUGUACUGUAUCAUAUAAUAAAAAUACCAUAGUAAUAUUCUUUGUAAGUAAACAACAUGCGAUUUGUUUGGAAAAUAAUAAAUCAGAAUUAUGACCAAUAUUAUAUAGACGGACAAACAGAACAUAUGUGCACUAGCGCACUUAACUCAACAUUAUUAAACAGCUAAAUGAUUUAAUUUUACGUUUUUUCUUCAUUUUUAUUCCUACACCUAUAGUAAUCAAACGAUAUAUUAUUAUUAUUAUAAUUAUCUCCUUCUAUUUCGCGUUCACCCAAACUAUUUGAAGUUCGUCAUCCUCGUCCUAAACUUUCACGAAUUGAUUUCCAUCUCUCAUACAGUAUAAUAUGAAUGGCUGUCAUUGUCACAGUGACCUCAAAUCUUUUUCAAUUCUAUCCAACCGCUUCUUUUUCGUUUUUACUUUUCGUCUAUUUCAUCCCACGUUUAUUUUCAUUAUAAUUCGUACGGUUUCUAAUUCUAUUCUGGUUGGUAAUAUUAAUAAACAAAAGAACUGCAUUAAAUGUGGUUUCUUAUGAAUUAUUAAUAAUAUUGUCGUAACUCAAAUUUACAAAAAUAUUUUAUGAUCCGUGUGGAACUGUGGAAAAUUAUACUUUUUUAUUUUUUUGUGUAGGUAUAAAUCACGGACCAAUUACAGCGGGCGUUAUUGGCGCUAGAAAACCUCAUUAUGAUAUUUGGGGAAAUUCGGUAAACGUAGCGUCCAGAAUGGAGAGUACCGGAAAAGCCGGAUGCAUACAAGUACGUUAAAAUGAUGUGUAAUGGAUUUUUCUUAGUAACUGGGUAUUUUUCUAUAUUUUAAAUAUUAUGGAAUUAUGACAAAGAUUUCUAUCCUCCGUGUUCAAUAACUAUUGAUUUCUAUAAAAAUGAAUAAUCAUCACGUUGUUACUCGAUGAAAUUAUAAUAUUUUAAAUCUAAAAUGAGAUAAAAAAAUUCCAAAUUUGCUUACGUAUAGUGACGAUAACCGAAUACGACAUUAAAAUAUCCAUACCAUUAUUUUAUUAGGAUAAAUAAACAUUUUACGAUAUUUUAAGCGUACAAAUAAUAUUCAACUUUCGCUUCAAAAAUACAUUUUCUCGGUCAAACUAGAAGUACCUGUGCCUUAUAGUAUUAUAAUUACGUGACUUCUUGUGACUGGUUGUAGGUGACGGAAGAAACAUGCAAAAUCUUGCAACAUUUCGGAUUCAAGUUCGAACAACGCGGCCUGGUGGCGGUCAAGGGCAAAGGACAGCUGAUGACAUAUUACCUGGUGGGCAAAGAACCGCAGGCCCCGUCGCCGGCCAUCAUGGACACGGUUCCGGAUGCGGACGAUGUAGAUGACGCAGACGAACGUCUGGUUGUCAGACAGGCGUUGUUGCCGCGGCCCGAACUUCAAAACGGGUCGGCCACGUCCGGUUGA